AUGGGGCUAAGGCUUACCAGCCUUUUGACACUAUGGCUGGCCAUCUGCUAUGCAACUGAAGUUAGAAAAGGUAAGACUUUUAAAGGAGAUACUGUGGGAUUGUCCAGUGGGGAAGCCUGGGGAACACUCACUGGCUGUUGCAAUGUGCAACAAGUAAAAUAUUUAAAUUGCUUGGCUAAUCAAUAAGGUUUUUGAGUAUAUGAAAAGUAGUCUGUAUGACUACUUUUGCAUGAUGAACACUGGGUGCUUUUGCUCUCUGCUUAUAAUAUAUAAUAUUCUGGAUGAUGUGAACUAAUUUGCUGGCAGAGUUAAGGCAUAGGUGAUUCUGCCUCAGGGAAUUUGUGGUAGGAGGGGAAAGAUGUUGUACACUAGCCUAUACCAGCCUGGUAUCCUCCAGAUGUUCUGGGGUUGAACUCCCAUCACCUCCAGCCAGCACAUCUGUGGAGGACCACAGGCUGGAGUAAUUUUUGCCUUAGUUUAUCUUGACAGCUCUUUCAGCACUAUAAUACUGAUUUGCCAUUAUAGUUCAUAGAUCAUACAGCAGAGAACUGUAGAAGGGACCCUGAGGUCCAAUGCCCUGCAAUGCAGGUAACUCAGCUUAGCAUCCAUGGCAGAUGACCACUCAACCUUUGCUUAAAAGCCUCCAAUGAAGGAGAGUCCACCACCUGAGGAGGUCUGUUGCUUUCAUCUGUUAGUUAGACAAUCAAGGCCCAGCUUCAGGUGCUCAACUGGGCUUUGCAACAGCAGAUCCUUAUGGAUUCAAAGAAUCCACAGGUUUUGCACAGAGAGAAUAAAUACCAAAGACCUGCAGAUGGUGUAGAACUUUAUUUGGAAAUGGAAGCUAAAUGGCCCCAUCAUUUAUGGAUAUAAAGUUGAGUCAGCUAGCAUAUGUGGUAGAGGAAGUUAUUUUAUUUUUCAAUUAAAAGUAGGAGAUUCUGUGUGACUGGCAGAACCUUUACUAGAAGUGCUUCGUCUGUUUUGCAUGACCUAAGCUAUCCUGAUGGAUAAAUAAACAGUAACCAGAGAAAUCAUGUAAUUGUUGCAUUAGUGUGCAGCACUUCACCUGUGUCCCAAGGUGCCUAUGUUUCACAGCUUUAUGGCAAAGAUCUUGCUGUAGCAGCAAGCCCAAUAAUAUGUGUGUGCCUUUCUCAGAGCAUAGGUGUACAUAUUGCUUGAUAUGUUGCAUCGGUAACUAUAAAAAAUGAAAUACCAACAUUGCAGUAGAACGUUUAAUCCUGGUUGUUGACCCCUUUCCCUUCAGAAGCUCUUUGGAUUUUAUGGCUUGUUUUUAUUUAAUUAUGUGUCAUUUUUCUGCUUUAUUGUUCCAUGAUUGCACUCAGUGGUUGCUUUGCCCUCAUUUUUCAGGAAGAACUUCUAGCCAUGGCCACUAUGUCUGCAGUACUUGGGGGAACAACCACUUCAAAACUUUUGAUGGAGAUUUCUACCAGUUUCCUGGUGUCUGUGAAUACAACUUUGUGUCUGACUGCCGUGAAUCUUACCAGGAGUUCUCUGUCCAUAUCCAGCGUCAACUGAAUGAGCAAGGGCACCCUGACAUUCAAUAUGUCCUUAUCACAAUUAAGGAUGUUGCAAUCUACCUCACUCACAAGAUGGUGGUGGUGGAUGGGCAAAUGUAAGUUCUUCCCAUAUUAUUAUGCUUCUAAGGCUUCCAGUGUUUAGCCACAGUUCUUUCACAAAAAGCUCAUAAUAUAAAUUGUGGCAACAACUUCCCGCCACUCAAAAUAAACUUGAGGGAAAUGCAUUGUGUAGAAAGUCAGGGCAUAGAUCUUAAGGAGUACUGCCACUGAAAUCUUGCCUUUUCGAAGUGAGCCUGGAGUUUUUCAGGUGAAACAUCUGAGGAAAUUUCAAGGAAGUAAAAAAAGGUGUUGUUUUUUAAUAAGACUAAGUGACAUUUCUACAACAUCUCCAGAAGUGUCAAGGGAAGCCAAACUAGUUUUGAUAGUUUUUCAGUGAGAUUUUGCACAUUCCAUGAAUUCAGCCUCCAACUCCCAAUGACAUAAUUACCUACAAAUUUUAUUAAAUGAGCAGGGGACCAUUAAGAUUGCAAUUUCCCCAGCACUGCUGCUAAUGUGCAGUAUUUUACAGUCUGGUUUUGAAAUGUAACUGAAAAGGCACAAACUGCCGGAGACAACCACCAGUAGGAAUUAUUAUUUAAGCAAGGUACAAAAAUGGAAAAUCAAUACUUAUACUAUGAAUUUCAUUUUAUAAUGCACACAGACUUGACAUCCAGGAUUGUUAAAAAAACUGAUUAUUUUCAUGGAUAUCUCUGGCAUAUUUCACCUCUUUAGUUAUACUUCACAUACAGUCAUCUCCUUUAACAAAAAGACAUCCAGAACAAGGCAUUGACUGUUAUGUUUCCUGGCUUCCCUAAAUCUCACUGUACACACUGACCACGUGCCCAGUUACAGUGAUGGGCUACUACUACCAUAUACCUAUCCCUAUUUAUGCUGGAGAUGAAGGAGGAAGCUCAGAGAGACACAACAGCAGCUCUCCUAGCUAUGCGAACACCAUGUGAGAAUGACACAUCUAACUUGCUGGUGGGCUAGUUCAGUUUGGCCUUUGUGAACUUUCGUUGCUUUUCCAAACCUAUCAUAGCUGAGAUGGAUCAUGGUUUUUCUUCUUAAAGUAGUAAUUUGUAGUCAGAAGGACAUUCCACAUCAGAUUAUUGUGUUUGAAAUCCAUGCCAAAUGUUGGGUAAUUGGCUUAAGGAAACAUAUUCUUUCCCAUAGUGAAUGUUAAUAUUUUCCUUUUCCUGUAAUGUGACCUGUCCCACUAUUCGUAGGUUGACUAACAUUUUACUCUGCAACAAAGGCUCUGAAAUGAGUAAAACCACUUAUGCAGUAAUAUCCUGCUUUGGAAAUAUAACUCUUGUGUAGCAAGAACUUAGUCUAAAGGGCACUUCAGUUAAAAUCAAGAGGUGUGUUGGGGUGGAGGUGGUCAAUCUAUCAAGUAUUGAUUUCCUCAUAAUCACAUUCAUUGUAAAGGGAGUUUAGAGGCACACAAGCCCCGUCCCAUAUUAAGGGAAUCAUCUACGUAAUACUGCUACACCCGUCCCACCCUACUCUGGAUACAUACAACCUGUAUAGACUGUGAGCCACAAAGUCUACACCCGCACAUAAGCUCACCAGACAAUGGUAGGAGACGUCAUGCCAGCAGAGUCAAGGACAAACCAAGGUCAGGCACAGGGAACCAAUUUGACUUCAAACAUGAUCCAAGGACAGCAUCAGCAGGUAACAGUCCAGGGACCAGUAAAACAGGAAACAUAAUUUAAGGUAGGCUAAUUCACAGGGACUUUCUAGCUACUGGGAGUCUCAAGUGAAGGGGUGAUGUAUCCUUAGCUUGUGGCAUCUCAGGCCACAUAGAAACCUAGCUACAGGUGGUUAAGAUUGUUCCAAGAGCCCUUUGUCUUGAGGAGUACCCUUACUCAUAAGGAAACUUUUACCUUGGAGUCACAUUGCAACUCUGGGCCUUCAGUUGCACACUUUGUCAUUUACCCAUCAGUGGAAAGGCCUGCAUCUCAGUGGCUAAACCUAUGAUUUGCAUGCAGAAAGUCCCAAAUUCAAUCCUCAUUACCUGCAGGUAGGGCUAAGAGAGACUCCUGUCUGAAACCCUACAGAGCCACUACCUGCCAUUGUAAACAACACUGAGCUUGAUAGACCCAUUGUCUGACUUUGGACAGCUUCCUAUGUUUCUAAGAUCUUCAGCCAAGGCUUGAGUCUUUAGGAACCUGUAUUAAUAAGCACUAGUGACACUGUAAAAUCUAAAGCACAGGAUGACUAGGAAAUUUCCAGUGGAAAUAUUGAAAUAAUAAAUAAAUAAAAUAUUUAAAAUAAGUACCCUCUUAAACUGGCAAGUAAAAUUUGACCAUCCAUUUUCUUAGAUGAAUGCUGAAACUUGAAUGCAGAAACUUCACAGAUUUUAACAGGCCAUGAAUAAGUUUCUGCUUAUUUCUGUGUAUUCGUGUUCAUUUUAGAUUGGAAGUUGGGGAGCAUGCUGGGAUGUUAUAGGGGCUGUAAAAUAGAUCUGAGAAAUUCUGCAAAGGUGUGCUUUCUCAUCUAAUGCUAGCUGUUGCUUGCAAUGGAAUCUAAUAAAAACUCUGUAUGACUUUCUUUCCUAUAGUGCAAGGACUCCGUACUAUCAUUCUGGUAUUCUGAUUGAGAAGAAUGAUAUGUAUACCAAACUCUAUGCCAGAGUGGGCCUAGUUUUGAUAUGGAACAGAGAAGCUGCUUUGAUGGUAUGUGUGGUCUUCAGCUUCUAUUUUGAUACUUUGGUAUAGGUUUUAUGGUUCAUGCCCAGCUCACCCAAGUGACCUGUUUCUGCCCUAUGUCCCUGUCUUGUGAUUAAGUGCACCCAACAGAACCUUCUCGACUGCAAGGGAAAGUAGAGAACCAUUCUUGGUGGCUGCUCUACAAUUCCUCUGGAAUUCAAUGCUAGUCCUGCUUAGAUUAAGCCCAUUGACGUUAAUGGACAUGACUAACUUAGGUUCAUUAAUGUGAGUAGGGCUUAGUUGAAUACAAUCCUCUAGAAAGAAUUCAGUGUAGCACUAAGAAGAUCAUUCUGUCGGUGCAAGCAGUUCAGUUUACUAGACAGAAUGAUCUCCCAUGCUCUGUUGUGGAUUUUCCUCCAACCCCUGCAAGCCAAUUUGGGGAGGCAUGGCAGUGAGUGGGCUAGGAGAGGAGCCAAAAGCCCUAUUCUGCUAGCAGAAGUCCUUCCACUGGCUUCCAGUAGCAGAACUCAUUAGUUGAACCUGGCCCUUCCUUUUUGGCCUCUUUUUUUCUAAAGCAGUUGUCUUGCUUGUCACCUUAGAAUCCCAAAUCAAACUCCUGGCAACUCUGGUUAAAGGAUCUCCUGUGGCAGGAAAGGAAAAAUCAUAUGCUUGAGACACUGGGCCAGCAAUGUCAGUCAGAGCAGCCAUACUGGGCUCAGUAUCCCAAUGGUCUGACUCAACAUAAGGCAGCUUUACAUAUUUAUUUGCUACAAUAGCUGAUAUGUUCCUUCGGGUUUUCCUUUUUCAAUUUAGAUUGAACUGGACACCAAGUUUAACAAUGGUACUUGUGGUCUUUGUGGGGAUUACAAUGGCCAGCAGGUUUACAAUGAAUUUCUCUCCAAUGGUAAGUUGGACAACAUUAUAGAGAAAUGAUUAUUAUAAUGAGUUACAUAAUAUGAGGAGUUUAAAUGCACAGGUGAGAACAAAGCAAUGGUUUCUUUGCUGGGUGGUUAGAAAAGUACAGAGAGAUUAAAAUGCAUACUAUUUCUAAAAGCUUGGUCCACAAAUGUGGAAUGAAUUCUGUGGGUGACAUCCAACUAUGUUAUACUCACUGAAAUCAAGGAAAUUAUGUAACAUGUUCAUUUAUUUCAGAAGGUCUGCUCUGCCUAUGAUUGAUGUUAGUUGGACAUCACCCUAAAUUAACAAAAGCAGAUUUGGAGAUGGUCCAAAACACUAUUUAACCUGGUGUUUGUUUGUCAGAUCAGGGUGGCUUAAGAGCAGCAUAUUCUCCUAGGAAACAUGUGAAUGUUUAAAUGAUUGAUGGAGUUCACUGUACAGAUUGUGAAAACACAACACCUUUCUAUAAAUCUAAAUUUAAGCCCAGAAAUUCAUGAAUUCUGCUAUAAGCAUAGGUUUAAAAUGUAGAAAACAUUCAAAAUGUAGCGUGUUUCAAUUAAUCUUUGAAUGUAUGAGCAAAAAAGUGUUUAAUUAAAACUUUAAAGGGUAUAAGUAAUCUAUAGUAAGUGAACAGUACCAUCUGGUGUGAAAUUAUGCCUCUAAGCUCUGGUUGUGACACUGAGAGGAAAACAAAGAUGCUGUUUGUUCUGGUUAAUGGAAAUAAUAGAACAUGCUGCUCACUCUAUCUCACAGGUCUGAGCUACAAUCCAAUCACAUUUGGAAACCUACAGAAGAUUAAUAAACCCAAUACAGUAUGUGAAGACCCUGAUGAGACACAACCUAUUGAAUCUUGCAACCAACAUGUAAGUCUUGAAAACUGUGUUAUAUGGUACAUACCAGGAAUAGAGAUACCCAUCUCUGUUAGAGAAAUAGCAAGUGUGUACUAAGGUGUGCAACCACUUUAUGAUGCUCCCAGUUCUUGCUCUGAAUCAUAAGAUUGAGGAAAGGAGAAUAAAAAUGGAUUAUCCUGUACAAACAUAGACUAUUGUGAAAAGCCUGGACCUUCUUCCUUGUGUUAUGUAGCACCACUUUGGAAACUGAACUUGGGAGGCCUGUUAAACCGUACUUUCCUCUAUUUCUAGCGUGAGGAGUGUGAGAAGCUGCUGACUGCUCCAGCUUUUGCUGAUUGUCAGUCCCGCCUGAAUCUGGAACAGUAUAUCCAAGCCUGCAUGCAGGACAGAUGUGCUUGCCAGCAUACAGAGGACUCCUUCUGCCUUUGCAGCACCAUCUCAGAGUUUUCCCGCCAGUGUUCCCACGCUGGUGGCAAUCCUCAGAACUGGAGGACAUCACAACUGUGUCGUAAGUGAUUAACUGGGUUCAUCUAAGAUGCAGCCAGGAACGUUUAACAGGGGAGGGUGAAAUCUCUCUUUAAAUUCAUGUAACUCAGAAUGGUCUUGAAAGGUCCCCAUCCUUAAGGUUAAUUUCCAAACAGCAGUCUUGGGUUCCAAUCCUGUUUUCUCAUAGUAGCCAAGGAAAGCUUUUCCACUGAUUUUGGUGGAAAGUUUCUGAAUAAUUGUUUUCAUGCUGGAGAGGCAAGAAGAACAGAGAACAAGAAACUUAGGAAAUUGUGUAUUUAAAUCCAACUGAAACUAAUUAGGAUUAUGGUUUUAGCUGCCUGGAUUCUUUCUUUUGAUUGAACCCUAAUUUCAUGUCAAUGUAUGCAUAUAGUCAGUGCUAUUUCUUUCAUUAUUUCAGCUAAGUCAUGUCCUGGAAACAUGAUCUACCUGGAAAGUGGCUCACCCUGUAUGGACACCUGUUCACACAUGGGGAUCAGCAAACUAUGUGAAGAACACUACAUGGAUGGCUGCUUUUGCCCUGAAGGUAACAAUUUAUGUGUGGCCUAGUGGAUACAACAAUGGGCUUAGAAAUGGGAAACCCAAGUUCAGAUGUGCAGCCUUGGAUUGUCAUGAACUAUGAGCAUCUUUUUGUUUUGUUUUGCAGGCACAGUAUAUGAUGAUAUCACUGGGAAAGGCUGUGUGGCCACGAGCCAGUGUUACUGCAAACUUCGUGGGAAAUUAUUUUCCCCUGGUAAAAACAUCACCAAUGACUGUGAAAGCUGGUAAGCCUGUCCGUGCCCUCUGAGAGUAAUUAUAGCUUUUUAUUUCAGAGUUGUGACUUAAAGGAUUCUUGUAGGGAUGUGAAUCUCUGGACAAACACCUUGUACCGUCACAGGCUUUCAUAUCUAAUACACCGUAUCAUUUUAUGCUAAAACAUAGCAAGCCCCGGUGAAAAAUUGCCCAGCAUUACCAAUUAUGUACCCAUCUGAUAUUGCUAUAUGAGCCUAAAUCUCUAAUUGUAAAAACAUAUUUCAGCAGCAGCAGCAGCAACAUUGCGUGGACAGGCGGAGUCCCCAGAUCCUGAGCGGUCCCCCCCGUCAUGUGGAAUAACGACUCAAGACAACGUGCUAUGGGAUUAAAUUGGCCACAACUUUAUUAAAUAUCAAAUGUGGGUAGACCUUGGCUCAGGCAUUGGGCAUUCUCCCUCCCCAGUCCCCAGCCAGGGACCUAGGGAGCAUCAGGGUUAUCCAGUGUGUGUGGGGGGGGAUGGGCUGGCUCUGGAGAACAUAUGUUCAAGCAGAGAUAGCCGCCCCCGUUACGCCGCCGCCGCAGGGGAGAGCAAUGACGACCUUUCGGCGUACGGUCAAAGCCUCCCUUCAGAAACCCCUUUAACAGGGAACCCUGGUAUCACCGCCGCAAAGAGGAAGAUGGACUAAAGGAUUCCACCCAAGGCCUGAUACCGCCAAAGUUGUGACGUUUUGCUACGGGAAAGGCGAAACCUGCCAAUGCAGGGAAAUUCCUUUCCAGCCCUUUAACAGCGACCUUAACGUAGCAGCGCCCGCAUACCUGUGAAGAAAAGUUACCUGUAAAACCUAUGAAGAAAAGUUAACCUGGAAAGAAGACAUUAACUGAGGGUGGGUAGGGUGGGAGAAGCUCUGGAGCCAAGUGAGGAUUCCCAGGUAAGAUCCUCCCUCUACUGUGUGAGCAGGUAAUCCCUCCCCUACCUGGCCUGGUCUCCUUGGCAACGCUUCCCCCAGGUGGGAUUGGACAACUGACUGAGGUAGGCGGAGACCUCCAGGUAUCCCACCUGAGGCAAGCCAAGCCUAUGCUGAUGGGGCCGCUCCAGAUCCAGGGCUGUGCGCAUCCACGCAAAGGUCACCCCCCGUUUUAAGCGGGGAGCGGUCAUUCUUGGGGUAGAGAAAAGGGGAUUGCUGCUGCCACUUUGCAAUGUAUCAUCAGCACCUUUAUGGCUUGCUGAAUCUGGAAUGUUUGGAAAAAGAAGAGGUUAUAAGGUCCAAAAGUGUUAUGGACUCAUUUCCAAAUUGACCUGCUGUAGUGGCUCCACUGCUGUGGUGCAGGUACUUCUAGUAUAAUUUCUGUAUGUCCAGAUCCCACUUUUGAUUUCUUGUCUGUCUUCACAGCACCUGCCAAUCAGGUAGAUGGAUAUGCCAGGAUUUACCCUGUCCCAGUAAAUGUGCAGUGGAGGGAGGGUCUCACAUUACUACCUUUGAUGGAAAGAAGUACACCUUCCAUGGUGACUGCUACUAUGUGCUGAGCAAGGUACGUGCACCAGACUCUUCUACUCUGGUCGAAGGAAUUAUGCCACAGUGGGGUAGGGUAACCUUCCAAUAGAGUGCAGGUGAAUGAGAAAGGGCUAGCCUUCCUGCCUUGGAUGCAGUGUGUUUGUAUGUCUGUGUGGCCACACCUGCUUUUGUCUGGGUCAUUUCCCACUCUUGCCUGUGUCUUUGUAUUGCAAUACAGCUGAAUCUAAGAUAGGGCUAAAAUGGGGGUUGGGAAUUCAAAAAAGGAAUUGGAAAGGAAUGGGGAAUGGCAGUUUGAGGUUAGAUGUCAAAUAUUUCCCAGAAGGAGGGCUUAUACUCUCCCUGAAAGAAAAAGGAAAAAGGAAAAGAAAGGCCUGUGACCCAGAUCAUGGAAUGUGACAUCCUUAAGGUCCAUGAUUUAUUGCACUUUUUGUCUGAAUGGGUAAUUUCAGCCUAUCUGUGAAAGGCAUCAUUUCAUAUCAGCAAAAGUUGACCACUUUGAUUGUAUUUGUUCUUCUGUAAUUGCAGAGCAUACAGAAUGACUCACAUGCCCUCUUGGGAGAACUAGGCCCAUGCGGUUCUACUGACAAGCAGACAUGCCUAAAGACGGUGGUUCUGUUAAUAGACGAAAAGAAAAACGUAAGUUUAGGGUAAUGAUGGUAUGGCUCUGUGCUAGUUCACCAAGAAUAUGAUACCAAAUGAAGGUUUUCUUCAUAAUUCAAAGAUAUAGCCAGUCAACAAUAUUCUAAGAUUCCCAACCCUCCCCUUCCAUUGACAUCUUAUUCCAUUUGUAUUCUGUUCAUAUUUCUUGCUAAGCUUCAUGACGGGGGGGGGGGGGAUUAUGUAAUAUGUAAUUUUACCACUCCAAGAGGUUCUGGUUCACAUUUAAACUUCUGAACAUUGAUCCAUGUGUCUGAAUUACAUUGAACAAUAAACCAAACAUAGAAAUCCUCAUUUCAUUUUUUAUAUUUUAUAUACUUUGCUUAUCUCGUUUUGUGUUUUUACAUCCUCUUUAAAUCCAAGCCCACAUUUCCAUGACUUUCAGGUUCUAUUUAUUUUGUCAUAUCUUCCUUUUACAUAUUUCAUACUUAAUAUGUUUGUAAAAUAUACCCUAUAAACAUUUUAAAAGCUACCAUUGGCCAGAAAUCCUUGCCAAAGAUUUGAUAAGAGAUUUUUCAGCAUUAUUUCCUCAUGUCGCAGUUCUGUGCUGUACACUCAUGACUGCUUAGCUGCCAAUUGCCAAAGAGUAUGCAGACUUUACAGCAGGGAUGGGUGCUACCUGUGACCCACCAAAUGUCAACGGACUCCUGUUCUCAGUGGCAAAGGAUGAUGGGAGCUGCAGUCCAGGAACAUUUUGAGAGCCACAAGUUCCCUGCCCCCUGCUCUGCAGAUUUAAUCUGAUCCUGUUUAGCUUUCUUCAGUUUAGGAAGCCAUUGAAUGUGUAGUUCUAUGAAAUACUUCUUAGCAAAUAAUUUCCAGCAUCUGGAGAUUGUCUGAAGUCACUGACCCCCAGCCCCAGCCCCAAGACACACACAAGGGUGUGUGAUCCAAGCAAACUCCAAAAGGGUUCCUUUCUCCACCAGGUCCCAAAACCAUAAGUAGCUGGCAUCUGCCCUCCAAAACCCGAUUUGUCAAUCUGGUCAGCUGGAAAAUAAAGAAGAACCUACUUUGUUUCUAAGCAACUGGCUGUGGCUACAUUAAGAACCCAGGGAGGGUUAUGGGCACUGAGAUAAUUCAGAAUUGGUAAGGAGUGGAUGCCUCUCCCUGGCCCUGGUUUGUGAACAUGAUAUGCAUCCAAAUGCCCACUAUGUUCUGCCUGCUUCCUGCCAGAGCUGGAUGCAGACCCCACUCCCCAUGAUCUACUUUGGGGGAAGAGUGAAGUAGGCUGAGACACACUGCUUGACUGAGUACCCAGGUGCAGGAUUGCAGCCACUGUGCAGCUGCAAACUGGCAAAAACUGAAAAUGUAUGAAUACAAAUACAAUCACUUUUAAAAUUGGAGAUUUUAAUACCGUACUUUCUUGAAAGAAAAAAGCUGAAAACAACAUAAUUAGGAACUGCUGAUAAAAGAAAACAAUGCUUUGAUUCUUCUUAUCUAAUUUUUGGAUGAUUUGGAAAUGUGACGGUUAAUAAGCAACCAGAAUAAUCUAAGUCAGAUAAAUUCCAUCAUAAUUAAUCCAUAUAUUCUGGAAGUUAUAGUAUGUUUUGCAACGUUCCCUCAGAGGUUCAUGCCUAUGGAAACUGCCUUCCAGUCCAAGAAAUGAGCGUUCUGUGGUGCAAGGUGCUCUCCAAUAGGGAUUUGCACAACAUUGUGCAUAAGUGUGUAUGAAGGGGCAUUCAUGUGUGUGUGUGUGUGCACAUACAUGUUCCAUUGCUUAGUUCUUUGGGUUGCUUAAGCUCUUACCCAACUUCCUGUUGUCAGAUAUAAGAAAACUGUCAAUGUUCAAAAUUUCCAGGGUGGGUUCCUUCUGGGCAUUACAAUCGUUAUUAUUAAUGUUCAUUUAACGUGACCCCCAGGUCCCUUCCAACUCUAAAAUGAUAUGAUUCUAUUACAUUCCUCACCUUUAAGACCCUGAGGUCACACUAACAUAGGCUGUUUCUCUCUUCACACAGGUCGUAGUUUUCAGAUCAGAUGGUACCGUAUUACUGAAUGAAAUAGAAAUUCAUUUGCCUCAUGUAACAGGUGAGGAAAGGAACCCUCAACUUCCACCCCACCCCACCCACGGCCUAAAUUGAUGGUUCCACAAAUCCUUAGAUGUUAUGGAGCAUGAUUAAACGAAAUGCAAAAUAAAAUAUGCUAGAAAGGAGGGUGAGAAAAUGUACUCCUUUGUUUAUUUGGCAGGGAAUGAUCCAAAUGAUUGCUUGUCCUUGUCUGGGGACUCUUCCCUGUCCCUUCCCUUUUUCAUAUCUGCCCCCCUCCCUGCCGCUUUCCUCUUCUCCUCAUUGAGAAACCAUUCUAGGCCAACACCUAACCUUUCUUGCUCUCCGGGCUGGUUAUUCGGCCAAUGGCAAUGUUCUUCAUAACAGCAAAGGUAUCUGAUAUGGGAAUCUGGUAUAAUACACAAUGGAUACUGUUUUUGCCCCUCUGAUUUGAUGAGUGCAUUACAAUAAGCAGUUGAUAACUUGGCCUUCCUUUUGUUUUUCAGCCAGCUUCACAGUUUUCCAGCCGUCUUCAAACUACAUUAUUGUGCAGGCGACCUUAGGCCUCAGGCUGGAGAUCCAGCUGGUUCCAGUUAUGCAGCUCUUUGUCAUUGUGGACCAGACUGCCCAGGCAACUCUCCAAGGCAAGUCUGAACUGCAGGGAAGAGGAUUCCGCCAAUAGUAACACUAACAAGGGGGUGUUUUUUUAAAAAAUUAAAGAUACAUGGGGUCAAAUACCUACCUGCAAAAAACAACAACUUGUUUAGUCGCUUUUUUAUUUAUUAAGACAUUUUUAUCUCCACAAAUUGUCUCAAGGCAAUAAAUUGUAAAUCGUGACACACACAUAAUAUAUUAUAUGCUAGACUAAUUCCGCAGGCAUGCUAUUUGAACUAAAAAGAGCUGGGGCAGAGAACAGCACAGUUGUCAAAAGGCAUUCAAUUAUGCUGGGGUAUAUAUACACAUAUGCACAAUGUUCAUGCUGAUUGGAAGUGAUGUGCUUAUUGGAUGUGUGGAAAUUUAUCUCUAGAAAAUCUUAGUAAAUUGCUCACUAUUCCCAUUUUACAAAAAAGAAAGGCACGCCUUUAAAGAAACUCACAGCCAACAUCUGUUGCUUUUAUCAAUAGGUCUUUGUGGGAAUUACAACGGAAUAGAAGGAGAUGACUUCAAAACAUCAAGUGGAUUAAUAGAAGCUACAGGGGCUUCCUUUGCUAACUCAUGGAAAGCACAAGCCAGCUGCAGUGAUAAGUUGGAUAACUGGGACCACCCUUGUACUCUUAGCGUUGAGAAUGGUAAGGAUGGGUGGUUUUCAUAAAUAAAUAACAGAUUUCAAUAUCUGUGUGCCAUCUAUAUCCAAUUUUCAGGUCAAAUAUUGAAUCUGAAGGCGGGGCCAAUUUUCUUUAUUACUUGGGAGAGCAAGUUGUGAUGUAUAAAUCUGUGCUAGGUCCGAGGCUUUGAAUACACUGUAAGUUUCAUGUCACUGUCUCAAAAGAAAAAGUUUCUAAAGAAAUAGGAUACAACACUGCUAAAGAUGAAGAAGAAAUGCUCAUUUUAUCUAUUAUAGUUGUGAAAAUGGAAGCCUGCUUACAGUUUCCAUCCAUAGUAUUACUUCUGUUUAUGUUUACUGUGUUUUAUAGUCUUUUAAAGACAAAACUGUUGAGCAUGUACAGUCCACAGACGAUUUUGUUGCCCAGUUAUGUGGGUAGCUACUUGCCUUUAAAUGACAGAGAAGCUGUAUAGUGUUCAAACAUCCAGACACAUACAGUAUUCAUUUUGUUUUGCUGUAUUGUACUGCAUAGUUAUUUGAAUUCUAGCGUAUGGCUAUAGGCAUUACAUAGAAAUACAUGAAGUGAAUGGUUUAUAAUAAUAUUUUAUUUCUCUCCAGAAAAGUAUGCUGAACAUUGGUGCUCUUUGUUGAAAAGUACAGAAACUCCUUUUGCCAGAUGUCACUCAGUCAUUGAUCCAACAGAUUAUUAUAAGGUAUGGAUUUUCAAAUUAUUCUGAGUCUUUAUUCACGCAGCUUGGUGUUUUGUUACAUGGAGUUGUUCACUUUCAGGUAUUAUGAUAAACUGAAAAGAGUGGCGGUAAAGCAAGUUCUACAGCUUUCUUCCCAGCUGCUUUUCAUAGGGCUUGAGGGUUAGAAUUACUGACAAUGGAUUAUCCAGUUUCAAACCCAGCCAAAUUUCUAGCCCUUUCAGUUGGAAUACGGGAACUAAAGCAAACCCAUUGUUGUGAAAAGAGCCAAAUAAUAGUUAUCCGGAAGAGAGUCAUGAGCCAGAGGGCUCUUUUAGCUACACUCAAGAUUUUAGAAAAAUUCUCAAGCUUUUUUAAAUAAAAAACAAAACAAAAUAGUAACAGCAUGAGAAACUGAUUUGAAAAAUUACAUCAGUAAAAAAACCAACACAGCUUGCUUUGGGAAGUUCAUGCAAUUCAAGAAGUGCCAGUCCUUGGGUGUGUGGAACGAGUUGUAGUUUUGGGGGGAUCUUGGUCAGAGGAGUUCCCAGAUUCCCCAAAUAGUUCUAACCCUGAUGACAGGCAACAUGGUGGAGGUGAGCCAGUCUGCUUUUAGGUCGGGGUGGAGAACCUUGUGCUCAGAUGCCCAAUGUGGCCCCCAGGCCUCCUUAUCUGGCCCUUGUAACUCUCUUCAGGCCACUUGCCAUGACUGACCCUGCUUCCAUGUUGUUACCUGGCCAGAAUGUGUCCUUGAACUCUGACAAUGCCUCUUGUUUGUCUGGUGUUGUCUGGUACAGAGAAGGGUACGCAUGUAGAAAUGAGAGUGCUGUACAAAGGGGAAAUUUACAUUAGUUGCUCCACCCACUUUUGCCUUUGCCCUGCCUACCACUGACAUGUGACCCCCUGAAAGCAUGCUGAGAAAAGAAUGUGGCCCUUGGGCUGAGAAUGAUUCACUACCUGUUUUAAGUGGAUCACCUUGCUGUGGGGGAAACAGCCCAUUCAUUGUUUUUAACAAAUUAAGCAAAAUAAUAGGAGAAGUUCGCUCUAGCAAUCUUGAAAAAACUACUAACAUUUUUAAAUGGAAGAAGGAUAGGAAGAAAUGGCAUUGCUAAGGAAAAGCUCUCAGUUUAUCAUUUUACUUUCAUUUUAACUGUGGAACAGGGCACGAUUGUGUAGCAUUGCUACUGUUGAGGACUAGCUCUUCAUUCAUCUUCCUACAAAUGUACUUGAAUGUUUACUGGCUUUCUCCCCCUCCCCUUGCCCAGCGCUGCAAAUAUGAUACCUGCAAUUGUAAUGCCAACGAAGAAUGUAUGUGUGCUGCCCUAUCAUCAUACGCAAGAGCCUGUGCCUUCAAAGGGGUCAUGUUAUGGGGCUGGAGAAAGAAUGUUUGCAGUAAGUGCCUAUAUCCCCACCCUUGCCUUGAACAAAAUGGAGCAAAACCUUUUGAAUAACUGUGUGCUAACUGUAAUGUUUUGAGACUAGAAUGUAGUUAAUAUCAACAAACGUAGCAUACCCCAUUCAUCAAAAUAUAUGGUUUUUGUAAGAUGCAAAAUGUUUUGUUGAAGUUGAAGGGAAGCACCCAUGUAUGUUGUUUACAUUGGCACAGUAAUACUUGUGGACGGAUACAAUGAAUGUAGAAGUACUGGACAAUUCCAUUUGGGAUACUGGGGUGCCUGCAGGAUGACUUAAUGAGGCAAUGCUAAGUCAUUUAUUACUUCCUGCCAUUUAAUCUUUCAGCUAGACCAGGAAUAGGGAACCCCAGGGCCUGGGCCUCACAACUCUCCCCAUACCACACUCUCCUCCUGGCUCUGUUUUGCAUAUUUAUUGAGUGUUUUUGCGUGACUGUGAUGUAUCCUUAAUAAUGCUUUUUUGCUUGCCUGGAUGGAGGAUGGAGGGUAGAGAAGGGUGUGUGUACAAGCUAGAGUACCGUACAAAGAAAACAUUUGCAUUUGUUGGUCCACCCACUUUUACCUCUGGCGCUGCCUACCACUGGCCCCCAGAAGGUUGCACGAAAGGUCAUGUGGCCUUUGAGAUGAAAAAGGUUCUCCAUCUGUGAGCUAGACAAUAAUAGUUUCCCCCUCUCAUUGUCUUAAUUGCUACCUUAGUUUAGUUUCACCCAAGCAUGACAACAUUUCUUCAUAGGGGUCUUAACAGAAGUAGAAUACAGACAGCAUGCACUGAAUGGCUUAGGAAUGGUGAGCAGGAAUAUAUUUAGGAAUGGUGAGCAGAAUAUAUUCUAUCCAUUCUGACUUUUUGUCACUUUCUCCCCUUCAUUCAGACAAAGAAGAAUCCUCUUGCCAAGCCAGCCAAGUCUUCCGUUACAAUCUGACUUGCCAGCAAACUUGCCGCUCUCUUUCUGAUGGUCAUAAGUACUGCUUGGAAGGCUUUACUCCAGUAGAUGGCUGUGGCUGCCCUGAUAAUUCCUAUAUGGAUGACAGUGGCAAAUGUGUGCCAAUUGCUCAGUGCCCGUGCUAUUACAAGGGUGUGCCCAUAAAUCCCGGCUACGUUAUAAUGAAACAGGAUGAGCGCUGGUAUGUUAACACAACAGUUUGUGGUCUUUCUCAUUAGGUGCGAAGCUCAACGUUCAGUACAGUACCAGGAACUGCUCUCUUUUAGUUGCAAUCCUACAAUGUUUGCAAGUGGAAUGGGAUGGGGAAUCUUGGGAUUACGUUGGCUGUGUAUGAGCAUUCUCUUCAUUAACCAUAAGACAAUUUAGAGGUUUGUGAUACUAAUUUAGAAGAGGAUCUCCCUUCCAAAUCAACAUGAGAAAUACAAGCAUCAGAAUGCAUUGUGGAGUGACUAGUUUUUAAGAAACUUUAGACAUCUAUGUUGUUCACCAGGCAUAGUGUUCAAAGGACAAAGAGGUGCUGAAAUAUUGCAUUGUGAAUUCUUGAGAUUACUUGAGAAGUCAGCAAUAUAAGUGUACACAACACCUGCCCCCCAGUAUUUAAUGCGUAAUCCAAAGGUUCCUCCAUAUUCCCCUCGAAACUAUAUGUCUCAGCUUAAACAUAUCUUGUCAAAUCUUAUUAAGAAACUGACAUUUUGUCUUUGGCACUUGCUCUUACUUUGUUUUAUGCAUUGUCAGUAGGGCACCCAUGGUGUUCAAGUAAUGUUUAGCAGAAGUGGUACUCUUAAAUUUUUGCAGCAGAUCUUUAGUUUUUGUUAGUAGCACUGUAUAAAUUGGGAAUCACUUAUAAGCUCAAAUAUCUGGCUUACCAUUUUUCUCCUGUUGUGUAUUCCAUUCUAGUGUUUGCAGACAUGGAAGAUUUCAUUGUGUGCCAGUGGACGUAACCCCUGAACGUAGGUGUACAAUUUCAUGUUACAUUAUGACUUUUUCCAGUUUGAGUUAUCAUCUGUAUGAUUUUGAAGUUGUGCUUAAGAAAGCAAUUGUUUUGAAGUUGUGCUUAAGAAUAUGAGCCAUUUUUUGUGAAAAUAAUUAAUAAAAAUGCAAUUAAUAAUUAUAUUUUUUCAAGCUGACACGAUAUAGUUUGAUUCCUCCUAAAAUGUAUCAGAAUUUCCCCUCUAAAUCCACAUAUUUAUAUAGUUUUCAUAGACAUAUCCUCAGCCUUUGAUUUGUUUAAAUUGCUUUGUUUAAGUUGCUCAAUGUAAAGUAUUGAUAAGAGACUACUGCUUUUAAUUAAAAACCUUUAUUUAUAGACAUGCUUCCUAGUACAAAACAGGGAUGUCUGUUGGGCCCCUUUUUGUUUAAUUUUAUAUAUAAAAAUAAAAAAAUUAUAUACAGCUCUUGUUGAUUAUCAAAAUGGAUCCAAGAUAAUAUUGUCAGUGUUCUAUAUUUUAUUUUACAGACUGUUCACCCAACAUGACAUAUUUUGACUGCAACAACUUUGACAGUUGGUCUUCCCAAACACCAGUACAUCUUAGCUGCCAAACACUGGGAAACGAUCAGGUACACUUUCAUUGCAUUUUGACGACACCCUAAUGUCCUCAUUCUCUUGUUCCUCAAGUGAUGUAAUUAACAAAGAAGCUGUACUCUAGGUGUCUUUAGGAAAUCUCCUUGAGACUUUGGGGCAUUUCCUAGCAAAAGGACUGCAACUUGCAGAAGCAAAUACCUGCACAUUUCUACCACCAGUUUGCCUUCAUUGGUUCUGAUUGUUUUUAACUUUAUUAACAUUUUCAUUUCAUUUAAAUAAGUUCCACUUUUCAUUUAAAAUAAAUAACAAUAGAAAUCUCUCUGCCACCAACCAAUGGGGGCAACUAUAUUUUCCCCUGAAAAUAAUUUCCCCACCAAAUUAUGCUAUUUUUUCGCAAUGUAAUAUCUCUCCUAGGGGCGCUCUAUUCCAGGGAGUUGACCACACUGCUGAAAGCAACCAAGUCAUGGUUUGAAGUGGUAGCAAGGGCUUUUAUUUGUUUGCUUUUUGUCAAAAGAAAAAGAAACAAACCAUUGACAGUCUUGUAUUUAAACGAUAAGGCCACCUUCUGGAAAAAUUAUUAAAGUAACCCAAAUCUAAAAGUCUCCCAAAGUGCCUCUGUUUUGUAGACCAACUUUAUUUUAAACACACCCAAGUUUCUGAACAAAUUAAAUUGAGGUUUUAUCUUACCUUGCAAAUAGAAAUUUGGUAAGCUUUGAAUGGUAAUCCCGAGUCCAAUUUGGCUUUAUGAACUUAUCAAAUGCAAGGCCCAUGAAUUCUGAUUGACCUUAUCAUAAAAUGUGAACACAAUGUUCUUCUUGCUCCUCACAGUUCCAGACAGAGUGUGUUUCAGGAUGUGUGUGCCUUGAUGGAUUGAUAGAUGAUGGCAGAGGGAAUUGUGUCCAAGAACAGGACUGCCCAUGCAUUCAUAACAAAGUUUUUUACUCCCCCGGAGAAACAGUAAAUGUGGACUGCAACACAUGGUAGGAUCUUUUUCACUGUCACUUAUUGUAGUCAUAGCAAUGUAUGAAUAUACUACUAUGCAAACAGAGUGUACGGGGUGGACUGCAUGUUUCCUCAGCUACAUCAUUUACCCAGUACUUCAAAAGCAAUGCUCGGACACAGAGACUAAGCCUUACACAAUUUCUUUAAUUGUUUUGGUACUCUCCAGUACUUGUCAAAGAGGAAGCUGGAAGUGCACCACCAAUUCAUGCUUUGGGACAUGUACCAUUUAUGGGAGUGGCCAUUACAUCACGUUUGAUGGAAAAUUCUAUGACUUUGAUGGCAACUGUGAAUAUGUGGCUACUCAGGUAAUGUUCAGCUAUGCUCAUGCAAUUUUAUACUGUUUUGAAUUGUGUGUGUGUGUGUGUAUAUCUCCUAUCUAUUUGGCUUCUCAGGCAUUCCUCAACAUCUCAUCUUGUGAAAUUUUCUUACUUCGUGGAGUAAUCAAUGGUUCUGUUAAGAUCAUUUCAAAUGGUAGUAUCUAACAAGGUGGUUCCAUUAGCUCCAGGACUUCUAGUUAUGCAAUAGAACUACCCCCUUCCUCUCUGCUCCCCACCCCCCAAAAAAUCAAUUCUGGGUUUUCCCCCAACCUUCUGGAGAAGAUUUAAUGAUGUUCAAUUGUGCAUAUGGAAACCCAAUUGUAUGGGUGUCUCCAGGCUGCUUAAUAUGUGCUGAAAUAGUUUACACUCAUCCAAACAGAAUUUGCUAGUUUUUAAGCCUUGUUUUCUCCAGUUCAUUCGGUUGUUGCAUUUUGCAAAUGUGUUGAGGAAUUAAGUGCCCUCUGAACCACAGAGGACUGUUAAAUUUGAAAAUAUAUUAAGUUUGCUACCAAUACAAAUAUGCAGUGCCGCUUUAGCAGCUUUUUAAAAUACAAAAGAAAAUCAAAGUAUCCUGGUUUUGGUUUUUCUUAGUUUUGUUCAUCUUUCCCUCUUGCACCUUCAUUAGGAUUACUGUGGAAACAGCGAUUUGGAGGGAACAUUUAGUGUCAUCACAGAGAAUGUCCCAUGUGGAACCACUGGAGUCACCUGUUCCAAGGCCAUUAAAGUUUUCCUUGGGGUAGGUAUGAACAUAGAUGAGAACAAGCCUGAAAGCGCUUGGUCUGUGCCUGCAAAUAAUCAAAUCAGGUUGCCGUGGGGAGGUGCAGGCAAUUUGUUGAGUUCUUAGUCAAAUGAGGCUCCUUACUUUUGAGAACUGGUGUCAUGAUAUCCAGUUUAAAAGAGCCAGACUGACUCUAGGGGAGCUGAGGGUAUCAGGUUAACAUGCUAAUGUCUGUUUUUGUUAUGGGGCUUCUGUUACACAUCUGUCUUUUUAGAGCACUGAAAUAAAGUUGGAAGAUAAACAAAUAGAAACAAUUGAGAUGAAUACUACUAGCACUGUGACUUACUGGAUUCGUGAGCCAGUCGGGCUGUACAUUGUAAUAGAAACCAGCAAUGGUGUUAUUCUUAUCUGGGACAGGAAGACUACUAUUUUCAUCAAGCUGGCACCCUAUCUUAAAGUGAGUAAUUCUUGAACAUAUUCCUUUAAUGCCAUGGAAAAUUUGUUAUUAAUAGAUACAUGCAACAAAAAAAAUGUUUUAUUGCUUGUGGCUUACCAUGUGUGUCUUACUGCAUCAUUAAUAGAAUGGGGCACAAGAGACAUUAGGGGGCCCCAACUGUGGCAUCACACAAGGCACGACUGGAAUUUGAGACCCCAAGGUCUGGCAUUGCUUCCACCAACUCAACAGUAUCCAUAAUUAGUAAUGCUAAAACAAAUGGCAAAACAAUCAAAGUAAUAUACAUCACAAUAAAAUUCCUGCUAACUUUAAGCCAUUGCAAAUCUUUUCCAGUCCUAAGGUAUUGACCUUUCCUCUCCCUAGGGAAAAGUCUGUGGCUUAUGCGGCAACUUUGAUGGCAAGGCCAGUAAUGACUUCACUGCAAGGGACAUGGUCCAAGAAAAUAAUGCACUGAUAUUUGGAAAUUCAUGGAAAAAGGAUACUGCAUGCCCUGAUGUUGAUGUAGACCCUGAGCCCUGUGAAAAGAAACCUCAUCGCAAAUCCUGGGCAGAGAAAGAAUGCAGCCUCAUCAAAAGUGUUGUGUUUGAAGAAUGUCAUUCAAAAGUUAGUAUUGUUGCUUCAUCACUUGGACAAGCUGGGCUAUACUAGUCUUGGGGGAAAGAACAAGCUAUUGCCAUAUGUGAGCAUAUGGAGAAUAAAAAUAAAAAGAUCUUUAAGCAGUUUACAUAAAAUACCUAGCAAACCAUGGGGGAUCGUCAGUAGUGCAAUGGAUUUUAAAGGUCUUGACAUACAACAUCAGAUGAAUCUAUAAUAUCCUGCAGACAAUUUCUAACUUAGUAGCACCCAUUCCAUUCCAAACUGGAUAGUGGAGUGGUUUUCAACUUUAACUGUAAAGAGAUGUUAUCCAAUGAGAAUGUGACUUAGGAUAAACUCUAGAAAAAGAGAAGGAAAUAUCAUGGUUAGACAUGUCUUGAGUUGGUAUGGAGCUCCCAUUUCUCUCUCCAGAACUCUCUGCAGGUACUGUUUGAAAUGAAAACACAUAAAUUCAUCUGAAUUAUCUUCACCGAAAACCAAAUAUUUGUUGUUGCUAUCCAGAAUGUUACUAGCUUAAAAGUCUGAAAUUGGAAUUGAUAAAAUAUCUCACGGAAGUAAAAUGUGCCAUAGAUUCUUGAUGCCUUGUUGAAGUGCUGUGAUGUGUAAUGGGAUGGAUACUACUGUGGCAUGGAUGUGCUGUGUACAUCUACAGCAACAUCCAAAAACAUUGGCAACUAAGGGGAAUCAUUAUCAAAGAUGGUGGUGAGUUAGGCACCCUGGUAUUGGAUGGCAGAAAUACAGUAGUUGAUCCAUUGAAAUACCCUUGCUGUGUGAUUCUGUGACUCCCUAAUAGGUGGCUCCAGAUCAGUACUAUGAAGCUUGCGUACAUGAUGCUUGUGCCUGUGACUCUGGAGGCGACUGUGAGUGCUUCUGUACUGCAGUGGCUGUCUAUGCACAAGAAUGCCUCAAAGCUGGAGCUUGUAUCUACUGGAGAACUCCUGACAUAUGCCGUGAGUUUUGUGAUAAAAUAUUUCUCAUGCAUGCAUAAAAUUCAAAAGAGAUGAUGACCCAGAAACAGUGGCUUAAUACCUUUCAGUGACCAAAAUUCUAGAUGCACUGGUUUUUAUAACCCUAAGCCCCACCCUGUAUAUUUUGACAUGUACAAAUGUCUCCUCCCAUAGCCAUUUCAUGUGAUACCAACAGGCUUCUAAUGUGAGUUGUGAUAUGUUUUACAUGUGCCUCCAAAUAAAAUUCACUUCUCAGUAGGUCAGUUGGUCAUACUAGCUGUUCUCAAACAGGAAACACUAUAUCUAAAGAAUCCCAGGGGGGGUCCAUUAAUUCACAGAAAAACGGGAUGCCUCCACACUGUGAUGAUGAUGCAAGACUGGGGCUGGGCACACUGUCAAAGGCACACCUAGGCUCCCUUGCACACUUGGGAAGGAGUUAUAUUGGUGCGUCCAAAGCCAGGAGAGGCAAUGGACCAGAAACUUUUUUUAAAAAAGAGUUUUUUGGCACCUUUUGCACUCUGUCAGUGACUUACUCUGUGGCUAUCGGGUUGGGUCUGCUCUGCUCUGCUCUACUUCCCCUUCUCCUCCACCUUGCUCUGUCUAUUUGCCUUCCUGCCUUGUUCCCUUCCUCUGCUCGCUCCUUUCUCUUCUGUCUCCUUCCUUCCUCCCUUCCUUCUUUUUUCCUCCUCCUGCAACUCUUGUUUGCUCGCUCCAUCUUUCUUUCCUCCAAGCCCUGCUGGAUGCUCUACUCACCCUCCUAAUAGCACUGCCAGCCAACUGGGGAAGGGAGUCUGCAGGGCUGCUGCGAUAGCCCAUGUUAGUGACCAGAUUCCUUUGCUGAGACACCCAGAGGAGCCUGGGCCUCUUGCCUGGCUGCCCAGGGCAGCAGAGCAGUGGCCCAGGGAGCACGCAAAUGGGCAAAAAGGCUCUUAGCCACUCCGAGCCAAAGUGGAGAGACUCCUGGCCCUGCACCCUCGACAUGGGACAACCUAGCCACCAUUACUGUCUUCACUGGCUUUGUAUUAGGGGGAAACAUUCGGGGUAUGCAUGUAGGCUCUUCUCAUGAUUCGUAGCCUUGAUCAUGCAAGAACAUAAGUAAAAUCUGCUAGAUCAGGCCAGCAUCUUGUUCCAUCAGUGGCCAACCAGAUGCCUAUGGCAAACCUGCAAGCAGGGCCCAAGCACAAGAGCAGUCAUUCCUCCUGUUGUUUCCAACAACUGGUAUUCAGAGGCAUACAGCUCCAAAUUUUGAUGCAGAGUGUAGCCAUCAUGGCUAGUAGCCCUUACCCAAUGUAUCUUUCCAAUCCUCUUUUAAAGUCAUCUACGUUGGUGGCUAACGCUGCCUCCAGUGGGAGUCAAUGAUGGCCCCAUUCACAGGGAGCAAAGGCUCCCAAUCCCAGGGAGAUCCUGUUUGUGUAUAGCAAGUUCCUCUUUACAGACAUCCUUCCCAAUUCAUGGAUGGCAGGUGGCCAAGAUUAGCAGGAGGAGUGGUGGUAGGGGUGGGUCCAGUGGGCACAGCCUUCCUCUCCCUCUCCAUAGGAUAGCAAUCCCAUAGAGGGAGGUGUCUAAAUAAGUCUAUGUUCUAUGUUAAACCAGAGUGAAGGGGGAUUUCAGUUCCAUAGGUGAUAGAAAUGGUUGCACGCUAAGCAUAGCUGUCAACUUUUCCCUUUUCUUUCGAGGAAUCCUAUUCAGAAUAUGGGAAUUUCCCUUUAAAAAAGGGAAAUGUUGACAGCUAUGGGUUAAGUGACCUAUGUGCAAAUAUACUUCUGUGACUUGUUUUUAUGACAACUAUCUAUCUUUUGUUCCGAUAGCAAUCUUCUGUGAGUACUGGAAUCCUACAGAUAUAUGUGAAUGGCACUAUGAGCCUUGCGGAAGUGACAUUGUUACCUGCAAGAUCCUUAAUGAAGUCAGCACCAACUUUUCAAUGCCAUAUCUGGAAGGUAAGAAACUGCCAGUUACUGGUAGCUUUUGGUCUUUAAGACUCUAGUUAGUGCAGUUUGGAAUACAGUUCACCCACUGGGCCAAAGCAACUUCCCCCAUCUCCCAUUCCCUGCUUAAUGCAUUAGAUGCCUCUCUGAAACUGUGUAUAUACAGGUUUUGCAGAACAUGUUUACAGCCUAUAAAGAGACACUGAGACACCACAAGCCUAGGACUGCCUCCCAUAUGCCAGGGAUGGCGACCCUGUGACCCUUCAGAUGUUGCUGGACUCCAAGUCCCCUCAGUCCCAGCCAGCAUGGCAAAUGCCAGGGAUGGUUGUAGUUCUGCAACAUCUGGAAGGCACCAGUUGGCUCCCCUUUUCGCAUGCAAAUUUUGCUACUAUGUCAAGUUCAUUGCUGCAAUGUAAUUUUACGAAUCUCAUUUUUGUGGGUUCUAGGUUGCUACCCACGAUGUCCUCCGGAUAAUCCUAUCUACAUUGAAGAGACCAACACAUGUGGGACAAGUGAUAUGUGUGGCUGCUAUAUUAAUGGUGCUUACUAUAGACCUGGACAGUCUAUACCCACAGAUGAUCUGUGUACAAAUUGGUAUGUGAGAAUGGAGAGCUGAUGGACUAACAGUGGCAGGGAAACAUAUGUACAUGUGUUGAUAUUUAAAUUGCUGGUUUCUUGGUCUGACACACUAGCCCUUUUCAUGAAUGAGAGUGCUGUUCUGAAUAGGAAACUAUUUCUUAUGAAAGUGUAAAAUGAAAUUGUCCAUGGUGUCCAAGAGUAGGUUGGAUUUCCCCCCUUCCUUGGGCAGAGAUCCUCUCUCAGAAUUCCCACCCCAGACAAAGUACACCUGGCCAACUUUAUUUGCAACCUUCUGGGUGACUAACAAAAAUAUGCCUCUUUAGGAGGAUAUAGAGAUUACUGUAUUUUCUGCCUUGUUAAAUAUUGUUGCUAAUGAUAUGCAUUUAAAUAUUAUUUUAAAUGAAUUUAUAGUGUUACAAUGCAGGAGCAAUUAUAGCCUGAGCAUUUACAGAACAGAAGUACAAAACAAACAAAUAUACAAAUCUUCAAGUAUUUCAUUUCUGAAAAACUUCUUUUUAAAUUUCAGUUUCUGUGUUUAUGCUGGAGAAACGAAAUGUGAACCCCGAAGAGGUAUAUUUCAUCUUGCUGUUUUUCCAUUCAGAAAGCAAAAUAGUACCAUACACUUUCUCCCAUACAUUUCUCUGGGGGACUGAACAAUGAUUUCAAAUGAGUCCCCUGCUCACUGUAUUCUUUUUAAAAUUAUCAUUGAAAAAUAACAAUAAUAAAAGGACAAUCUUUUCCCACUUUGCAGUUGUUCCACAAAGAAGGGUAGUAGCUAAGGGGUGGCUAAACAUUUUUCUGUAAGCCUGUAUUUUGUUUUUAUUUAUAAGGCACUUAUUUCAUCUUAUAACUUGUCACAGAUCGUAAUGCCCAUCUUACUUUAAAAUGCAUUCUAUACAUGUUUACUUAAAAGUAAGGCCCUGUUGAGUUCAAUGGAGGUUACCACCAAGUAAAUGACUUCUUAGCCUUAGGGCAGAACUCUACUGCUACCACCCUGAUGUUGAUGGCUGGUGGGUUAGGAUUACUCAUUACUUCCUCUCCACUGCUGAUGGUGGGACUCUGCCAUGGUGGAGGAUCCCAGUUCUGCCAUGGUGGAUGGGGAACUACUGCCAGCAGUAGCCAGUGGAAAACCCUGAAAUGAGGCAUUACGGGGUGGGGUGGAUCACUGCAGGCUUUGCAUCCACAGGAUCCAAAGCCCUUCAGGCUCCUCAGCUUCACCAGUCCAGAGCUGGCACAGCCAAAAGGGAGGGGGACUACCUUCUGCCCUGACCAGCACAAUCCACUGUACCUGGCUGGGACUUUGGAUUGCUCUGCUGAUGCAAUUAUGCUACAGCACAUGGUGGGCCAUUUUAAUAUCCCUGCAUUUUAGUUGUAUUCUUACUAAGGCCACAUUUCCCAGUGGCAAGAAGCCUAUCCUAUUGUGGGAAACAGCUGAUGGUGGAAAUUAAGCAGGUGUGUACAUCCAUGCGGCCUCUGCCUGGCUGAGAAUGAGACCAUACAGGAAGAACCCACAUCAAUAGUCCAUGUAAUUCCAAUAUGCAUAUAUCUGUCACAAUGGUGAGAGAUCUCACCACAGGGAACCAGUUAAACUUUCCUUCGUGCUUGCUGCAAAUAUGAAUGAGGCUUAAGUUCAUGCAUCUCACUUAACAGAUUUAUUCAACUUUCUAACACCUUGAGCCUAAGCACACUUACUUGGGAGUAGGUCCCAUAAGUUUCAAUGGACUUCCUUCUAAGCAGAAGCACAUAAAAACAUCUUUAUAAUAUUCCAAAUAUCAGCAGCUUAGAUAAACAGUGUUUACCUGCAGUUAACAUUCCUAUGGAAUAACACAGUAUUUCCACUCCGGGUUAUUUCAUUUACAUUUUGAUUGGCUGUUUUUUCAUUAUGAUUCAAGCAGAACAACUUAAACACACUGCUUUCCUUCCUUUAGGUUGCUGCAUAUAUGAUGGUAAAGAAUACGAAGAAGGAGAAAUAAUAAUAAAUGAGAGAAAUGGAUCUUUUUGUUUCGACAUAAAAUGCACAAUCAAUGGCACUUGGGUAGUUGAAGACAUGAGACCCUGCAGUACAACUGCCCCUCCCACAACUACUCUUUCAACUACUCCUUCUCCCACCACCACCACUACUACUACCACAAGUAAGCUUGCAGCAUUGUUAAUAGUAAUGUACAUUGGUUAACUAUCUUACUAGAGAAAAUUGCACUUAACAUCAAGUUUGUUUUAUACCUCCAUGUGUAGCUAAAUGGCUUUAAUGAAGGCUGAUGCUCUCAACAUGAUAUGAAACCUUCUCUAUGUCAAAUCUAUAAUCUUAUCCAAAACUUGUAAGAUUGCAAAGUAAGAUUCUCAUCCUAUUUUUCUCUCUCCUGUUUCAGCUCCCACUACAACCUCCACUACACUCUCUUCAACAAGUAAGUGUUGUUAAAGAAGUUGGGGAUAAGCCCAUAGUCCAGUGGUAGACUAUGUGCUUUGCAUGACUCAAGAAUCAGGUUCAGUCCCUGGAUCCGUUUAAGAACUAGGAAAAAGACUUUUGUGUGAGGCCCAAAAGAGUCACUGCCAGCCAGGGCAGAAAAUACUGGGUCAGAUGAACAAAUAGUAUGACUCGAUUAGGGCAAAUUGAUAUGUCCCUAUAUAAGGUCACUGCUCUGAUAGUGGUAGUAAAGUUGCCAGUGCAAAAGAGAGGAACAUGGUAUAAUAAAGUGAUGCACACAUAACUGUGAUGGGCGUUCAAAAAUAAGAAAAAAGAAUGGAUUGGGAUUUUGUGUACAAGACCUUGCGCACUGGAGUGGAGCAAUCCCAGGAUAUAAAGAUGCUUGCUUCUAGCUUGGGAUGUUCUUUGUUGUGAUCUGUAGGGGUGGGAGGGUAGAUGGUUGCCCAGUGAUCUGUUUUUCCACCAUGAAAUGAUGGUUUUAGAUCAUGAGGUCAUUCAUGUGGACCCACUGCCAAUGAAGCUCAGGAAAAUGACUUUCAAAUUUGUCUUGCAGCUCAGUGCUUAAUGCUUGCCUGUGAAUGGAGUAAAUGGUAUGAUGUCAGUGUACCCGAAGAAGGACCAGAAGGUGGUGACUUUGAGACAUAUGACGCCAUAAGAAUUAAAGACGGGAGCAACUUUUGUCCAUCAGCUCCGCAAAACAUAGAGUGCAGGGCUAAAAAUGCACCCAAUGUGGAUAUUGCAGAAUUGGGACAGAAAGUGGACUGUAACGUCACUUAUGGACUCAUUUGUAGAAACAAAGACCAAGAUCAGAGUCUCUGGACCCUCUGCUAUAAUUAUGAGAUACGCGUCAACUGUUGUCAAAUCAUUCCUUGUUAUUCUACUCCCACCACUACUCCCUCCACUACUACCACUACCACUACACCAACUACCACUACCCCUACGCCAUCUACCACCACAACAACUACCACUCCUACCACUACUUCCACGCCUCCCACCACUACUCCCUCCACUACUACCACUACCCCAACUACCACUACCCCUACGCCAUCUACCACCACCACAACAACUACCUCUCCUACCACUACUUCCAUGCCUCCCUCCACUACUACCACUACCCCUGCACCAACUACCACUACCCCUACUCCAUCUACCACCACAACUACCACUACUUCCACGCCGUCUACCUCAACGCCAACAGGUAAUGCAUUAAAUGUUACUUUUUGACAUUAUUUUGAAUGAGUGACCAUUCAUUCACAGAAUAGUGAAAUAUAUUGAAUGCUAAUGAAUUCUAAUAAUACAACUCUUAAAAAGGACAUACAUACUUUAAAAAAUAAUAAUUGAUAGAUAUUUGUUUUACUUAAACCAGUGUAUUCAUAAGUUUGCUCCUAUUGGCUGCUAACAUCAGCCUGAUUGCUCAUUUUUAGGAAUUAGGAAUGACAGGAAAUAUUGCUUUGACUAAGGGCCAUGCCUGGUUUUAAUGUCUUGCUCCUUGCGUGAUGCAGGAAAUCCUGAAAAGGGCUUCAGGAACAUGCCUAUUUUCUCAAGCCUUUUUUCACCCAUUGCAAUCACUGAAGUGAUUGCUGGCCAUAGCUGUGCCUUCUGCGAUCACACUUGUCCUGGCAUGUGGUAUACCCUCAAAAGCCCAGGGAUCAUCAUAUGCAGAAGGAAUGUGUUCUGAGAACCAACCCCUAAGACAGGAUUCAUACUGCAGAUAUCUAACAUCAGGUCUCAGGAAAUGAUUGCAGAAUAUUUUACCAUGACCUACAGUCAGAAGUGGGCAUUCAACCUGCAAAAAUACCGUUCACAUAGAAAUGGCUGAAUAACGUUACAACACUCUUUUUCUUUUUUCGUGUCUUGCACUGACCUUGCCACUAAUCACAACAGUCUUUACACAUAAGUACAAAAACUAAAGAUGUGCUAUAACUUAUGGCAUAUGUUUAUUUUUAGAAGGAAGUUAGCCUCUCCUCCAUCAUAAUAUUUUCUAAGUGGAUGGUAACUGACUGAGCUAUAGGGAAUUAAUAUUCUGCUGUAUAUUGCAUAUUUCUGAGGAGGCGAUUCUGAGGAGAGCAAGUCUUUUCAUUGCUAUUUAUAGCUCUCCAGGCUAGGAGAAAAUAGCCAUUUUUUACAUUAUAUGCUCUCUUAACAAUGAACCUUUACAGUGAAAUUAUUCAAUGCAUACCUUUUGUGUUCUUCAACCUGUUGAUGAGUCUGUCUGUAAAGGGCUCUAUAAACCCAUAAUAUAGGCUUGCCCACUUUCCCCCUCUGCUUUGCUAAUAUGGCAAGUCAUUGACUGCAAAAACUCAUGCCAGGAGAAACCAACAAGCCUCUAACGUGCUGCAACAUUGGCACCAUUGCGGAUGUUGCAGUACAGUGGUGCCCCGCAAGACGAACGCCUCGCAAGACGGAAAACCCGCUAGACGAAAGGGUUUUCCGUUUUGGAGGCGCUUCGCAAAACGAAUUUCCCUAUGGGCUUGCUUCGCAAGACGAAAGCCCAUAGGGAAAUCUCCGCGGACCUCUUUUAAAUGCUAGCGGUGGUGAGCACAGCCUUCCCCCCCCCUCCGUCCUUCUGAUGUGGUCCAGGAAGGCUGGGGGGGGCCUAAAGGCUUUGCACCCCACCGCCAGCAUUUUAAAAGCAGUCCGGGAUAGCAGGGAAGCGCUUCCCGCUAUCCCGGACGGCUUUUGAAGGCAGGAGAGGUCCGCGAAGCCUGGGCGCGCUGAUCUCAGCGCGCGCAGGCUUCGGCAUGCCGGCAACUCUCCGCAGGCAGCGGCAGCGCUGCCGCUGCUCGCGGAGAGGUCCGCGAAGCCUGGGCGCGCUGAUCGCAGCGCGCGCAGGCUUCGGCAUGCCGGCAACUCUCCGCAAGCAGCGGCAGCGCUGCCGCUGCUCGCGGAGAGGUCCGCGAGCCUGGGCGCGCUGAUCUCAGCGCGCGCAGGCUUCGGCAUGCCGGCAACUCUCCGCAAGCAGCGGCAGCGCUGCCGCUGCUCGCGGAGAGGUCCGCGAAGCCUGGGCGCGCUGAUCUCAGCGCGCGCAGGCUCGGCAUGCCGGCAACUCUCCGCAAGCAGCGGCAGCGCUGCCGCUGCUCGCGGAGAGGUCCGCGAAGCCUGGGCGCGCUGAUCUCAGCGCGCGCAGGCUUCGGCAUGCCGGCAACUCUCCGCAAGCAGCGGCAGUGCUGCCGCUGCUUGCGGAGAGGUCCGCGAAGCCUUGGCUGGACAGCUUUUGAAGGCAGGUGGGGGGGGGGCAAAGACGUUGGCCCCCGCCAGCCUUCAGAAGAGGUCCAGGACCUCUUCUGAAGGCUGGCGGGGGCAAAGUCUUUGUCCCCCUGCCUGCCUUCCCAGGAGCUUUAAAUUGCCCGGACAGCGGAGAAGUCCUCCGCUGUCCCGGGGCAAUUUUAAAUACCGCCCGCCAGCAUUUUAAGAUCGCCCCGGACAGCGGAGAAGCCCUCCGCUGUCCCGGGGUUUUAAAAUGCUGGGGUGGGUGGGAAGAAAAGCCCUUGUCCCCCAGCCUUCAGAAGAGGUCGGGGGACAGACUGUCCCCGGACCUGGUCUGAAGUCGGUUUCCCUAGGAACGCAUUAAUUGAUUUUCAAUGCAUUCCUAUGGGAAACCGUGCAUCGCAAGACGAAAAACUCGCAAGAAGAAAAAACUUGCGGAACGAAUUAAUUUCGUCUUGCGAGGCACCACUGUACAGUACAUGAGAACAUUUUAAAGCAGCUACUUAGUUCUUCUCUUGUACGUGUUCUAGAAAGGCAAGCUUUGAAACCAGAAGCAAUGAUACAGUGGUGCCUUGGAACUUGAACGUAAUCCGUUCUGGAAGACUGUUCAACUUCUGAAACGUUCGAGUUCUGAGGCGCAGCUUCCGAUUAGCCAACAGCUAGGUUUUUGCACAGUGGAAGCCGCGUCGGACGUUCGUGUUCCGAGGAACGUUCAAAAACCGGAGCACUUACUUCCAGGUUUUCGGCGUUCGGGAACCGAAACGUUUGAGAACGGAGCUGUUCAAGUUCCGAGGUACCACUGUACUAUGGUUCACUUUGGAAUGUUGUAGUAGUGAUGAAGCACCUGGCCCCAAUUUGCCAAGCAGUGUGAUGUCACAGAGGCUGAAUGGUGGUGAUGUCAUAAACAGAGGGUUGCUUAAAAAUAAGAGCCAGGGUUGUGAAAGGAAGAGAGCACAGUAAGGCAAUGUGAGCAAAAGGAGCCUGAGUAAGAGGAGGGGUGGAGGAGACCUGGGGAAAGUAGGGGGAAGGCAGGAGGGUCAGCUUAGUCACACUUCCCUUUGUCCCAUGACUUCCUCUGAUUGUCCCGAGUUUUCCAAACAUGGGUCUGAAAGGCUUUUUUUGUUGUUGUCCCACUGCUUUUCCUGGGAAAACCUGCUGUUUACUGCUGAAUCAGAGCAAAUGUCAAUCUGCAGAAAACCUGAUUGACGGCUGUCCUGAUUCAGCAUAAACACCAGGUUUUCAUGGGGAAAGAAGCAGGAGAAAAGAAAAGCAUCUUGGACCUGUACCUGGAAAUCUCUGGACAUGCGGAAGUGUGGAUGAGCCUUAAGAGGAAGCAAGGGGAGAGGCCAAGGAAGAGAAUCAUGGGUGCAUAGGAAUGCAGGGAAAGGGGAUAAGGACACCAGAAGUACUUUGAUUCUGGAGGUCUGUGACUGUCUUCUGGUCACAAAUGAGGCCUUAAAGCAUCUGGUCAAAAAAUAACAAUAGGUUUUUCCAAACAAAUUUCUGUAAAUUUCCGAAUAAAGUGGCAGGAUAAGAUAGCAAAAUAAAAAGGAUUAAUUUGGUUUGGUUCUGAGGAAAUCAAUUAUAUUACUGAGCAAGUGUUUUAAUAAGCUGUGAGAUUAUUAAUGCUGUUGUUAACAACAAACACACAGUUUAUUUUAGCUUUGUACAUUAAAAAAAUGUUUCUAAAAAUUUCAGCUUUGUAUUUAUUAUGACAGUGUUUGCACAACUGUAGCAACAGUUUCCUGCUAUAUCACUUUCAAAAUAAUCUGGGCAAUCGCUGAGCUAUUUCUCUCUGUUGUUGUUUUACAGUAGUUUGUUCCUCCGCUGUAGUAUGUUCAUGGUCGAACUGGAUUGAUGUCAGCUUCCCACAAUAUGGCCCACAGUAUGGUGACUAUGAAACCUAUGAUAACAUCAGGGCAGCCGGCAUAGAGAUCUGUACAAGGCCAGAAAACAUAUCAUGCAGAGCAGUGAAAUUUCCUAAUUACUCCUUCAAGGAAUUGGGGCAAAAAGUGGAAUGUAAUGUUUCGACUGGACUUAUUUGUCACAAUAAAGAUCAGACUCCUGGGCCUGUGUACCCUGUAGAUAUGUGUCUCAACUAUGAGAUCCGUGUAUAUUGCUGCAAGGAUGAAUGCAUAUCUGGACCUCCUACCACAACUCCUACCACAACUCCUACCACAACUCCUACCACAACUAUACCAACUACCACUUCUACCACUACCUCUACUCCAUCUACCACCACCACAACUCCUACUACUACUUCCACACCAUCAACCACGACACCACCAACUACUACUACUACCAUUCCAACAACACCUUGGGAUACCCUUACCACUACACCAACUACCACUUCCACCACUACCACUUCUACCACUACCUCAGCACUUACCUCUACCCCCACACCACCUACUACUACGCCAACUACCACUGCUACUACUACCUCCACUGCACCUACAACUACACCAACUACCACUCCAACCACUACAUCUACAGCAACAACCACUAUGCCAACCACCACUCCAACCACCACCACUACUACAGGAUCCACUUCAGGUAAUGAAUUUUUAUUUAAUGAUUCUGCUUUGCUUGAAUGAACUAAUCACUCAUGGAUCAGUUAAAUACAUUGAAUGCUUAAAUCGCACAGUAUGUUUCUUAAACCAGCUUUACAUUACUAAACCUCAUUAAUAUGCAUACUUGAAUAGCGGUAGAACUUUUGUUACGCAUUUUUUUACUUAUUUUGUUUUUAUUCCUAAUUUUCCCUGCAUUGACUGCUAAAAUCAACCUGAUAACGUUUUUGUUUAUUUUAGGAAUUAUUAAUUAUUUAAAAUAUUGCUUUGGCUAAAGGCCUUUCCUAUAUUUAAUUCCCUGUUCAAGUGAGUGGGCCUCACCUUUUUGUGGCAUACUUGUAUGCAGUCCUUCAGGAAUGGUGAUGAUUGCCUUGGCAUUUAAUUACAGCUGCUGCACUCACCAAAGCUGUUUCUGGUCCUGACUGUUUUUGCCUGGAUCAGGCAUUGUGUUUGUCACUGUGAACAUUUACCCUCAGAAGAUCAGAAAUUCUCAGGGGUGCAUGGAAUUUUAUCUGUUUGCUUAUUUAUUUAUAAUAUUUCUUUGCCACCAUUCUCCAUAUGAUCACAGGGCAGAUUACAACAAUAGAAUAUAAAAUUCUAAAAACAAAUAUAAGUUACAAUGACAAAACCAAUAAAAUCAUUCCAAGUGAGCCAUAACUUUGUAAAUUCAGCAAAGGAGGUGGGCCUUAGAAAACAAAAUAGCUUAACUUUCAAAUGCUGCAGUAAAAGAAUGCAUGUUUAGCAUACAUUGAAAGCUGUGCAAUAAAGAUGUACCUCUGCAGGGAGGGAAUUCCACAAUUUUCUGUAAGUCAGCUUAAGAUAAUAAUAAUAAUAAUAAUAAUAAUAAUAAUAAUAAUACCCUGCUGGAUCAGGCCAAUGGCCCAUCUGUUCCAGCAUUCUGUUCUCACAGUGGCCAACCAGAUGCCUAUGGGAAACUCAAAACAGCCUUGGCCCAGUAUACCUGAAGAAGCAUCUCCACUCCCAUCAUUCAGCCCGGACACUAAGGUCCUCCUCUGAGGGUCUUCUGCUGGUUCCUUCACUGUGGGAAGCAGAGUUACAGGGUACCAGGCAGAGGGCCAUCUCGGUAGUGGUGCCCUCCCUGUGGAAAACCCUCCCCUCAGAUUUCAAGGGAAUAAACAACUAUCUGACUUUUAGAGGACAUCUGAAGGCAGCCCUGUAUCAGGAAGUUUUUAAUGUUUGAUGCUUUAGUAUGUUUCGAUAUGUGCUGUGGCUGGGGAAACCCAGCCAGAAGGGUGGGGUAUAAAUAACAUUGUUGUUAUUGUUAAGAUUCAUAUUGCAUAAAUUUUAACAUCAAGUCUCAAGGAAUGAAGGCAGAAUAUUUUAUCUUAACCUUCUAUCACAUGUGGGAAUUUGACUUAUAAGAAUACAAUUUGGCUAGGAACUGGUGGAUAAUUUUGACACUUUUGUCUUUUCUCCCCUCCUCUUUUCUUCCACCGUAACCCUUGCCGAUGACAACAGGCACCACACGUAAGUACAAAAGCAAGAUAGUUUAUAAGUUAAGGCAUUUGUUUGUUUGUUUUUUAAAAAAUGAAGUCAGAAAAUACAAGGUUACAAAAAUAUAAUGAUGGCUCAUUUUACAAGGCUGAGGCUACAGGAAGUGUCAGCUGACUAAGCUAGAGGGAAUUAAUCUUCUACUGUAUCUUGCAUAUUUAUAUUGAUGAGAUUCUGAGAAAAGUGAGCAUGUGCCACUUCUAGCUCUUUAAGCUAGGAAAAAGUAGUCCUUUUUUACAGUGUGAAGUAUCUUGAGAAUACACCUCUUCACUCAGUGAAAGUAUCCAGUGUAUGCCCCUGUUCAUCUGUUGAUGAACAAUUUUUUUUUUGAGAUUUUUCUUUUUCUCAACUCCCCAGAACAGGAAAGGGCACUUUGCACAAUUUUCAUUAAAUGGCCUGUACCAUGGGUUUUUGGUGGCCCAGUUUCACCUCCCACCACCAUCCCCAAUGCUCAAGAGCAAUACUAGCUCUAGGGCAACACAGAGGUUGCAAAGUGGUAGACAGACUGCCAGUUUAAUAGCUGCAUUUUCCUGUUACAGUAACAGCAGCAGCAGAAAAAACCCUUAAGAAAAAGAAAUGGUUCUGCUGUUGCUAAUGGUGAGCUCCACCCUUCAAGGAAUUGCUGGAGAAUUUCUCCUUUCAUUGGUAGAAUUUGGUGAAAAAUCCAUCAAUUUCUUUGCUCACAAAUAGGAUGGCGAAUUUCAAUAUGCUCUUCUUGUAUGAAGGGCUCCUAGUGACCUACACAGGUUCAUGCCAUAAGAAACCCAACUAUCUCCUAAGCUUCUGCAAUGUUGGUAUGGGCAUCUUUGAUGAUGUUAUAAUUCAUGAGGACAUGUUAAAGCAGCCUUAUUUGCAUGUUUCAAGCUCAGAAAGUCCAUUUGUUUGAGAAUUUUUGUCUUAGUUUCUCAACCAGCAGAAUGGGAAAGCUUGCUUUACAAAAUGGUUUAGCUGGCCAAUUGAAGCUGUUUCCUGGGGUGUGGCUGCUGUCACAUGCUGUCAGCUUCUAAGAGCCACAGGUGAGAGGUGAGUGCAGAGUGGGGACCAGAGAUGGGCAGACUAUUCCAGAAAGAGCAUGAUGUGUUCCCCACCACAGGGACUACCCCUCCCCUAACACCCCAUACACCCCGAUGGGUCCCAAACCCUUGGUGAGUUAGAGACUUUCCCCUGCAUGUAAAGAGAGGCUCCAGCAGAUUGCUCGGACGAGACCAAUAGUGGAUCCAGAAGUCAAGAAGGCAGUCUCUGUAGAGGGAAAUGAGGGGCAGAUGGGACUCGUCAACCUGGGAAGCUAGCCUAUCUUGGAGAAGGAAAACUCUGAUCCUAAACCUCCACUGCUUUGUGGGAUAUCUUCAGGACAAGAAAAGGCUAAGGAGUAAGCCCUUCAUAAAUGUAGAGUGGAGUCCCUAAGACAGUUGGAUGGUGCCUUGUAUGCCUCCUUCCGGUAACUCUUCUAGCCAAGUUUGUGCCAAAAUAUUGAUCUACUUUCCUUUGGACCACAUCAGCGAGGCCCAGAGGGGGAUCUUGUCAUCUGGGACCUCCAUAUAUUGUCCAGGCUUGUUCCCAAGGAGGUCACUUUGGUGCUGCUAACACAGUUAUUUGACUUCACUCCCAGAGGCACACUCCAUUGUCUCUUGAGACAGAUGGAUGUCAACCUUCAGUGGUAUUCCUGGACAAGUGUUUUAAGAAAACACUUUAAUAAAAUCAAUGCUGGUGCAACAACAAGCACUCAUCUUAUUUCAGAUUUGUAUUUAUUAUGACAGUGUUUGCACAACUGGAGCAACUGUUUCCUGCUAUAUCACUUUCAGAAUAAUCUGGGCAAUCGUUGAGCUAUUUCUGUCUGUUGUUUUACUGCAGCUUGUAUCCCCACGGAAGAAUGCGAGUGGUCCGACUGGAUUGAUAUCAGUUUCCCACAAUAUGGCCCACAGUAUGGUGACUAUGAAACCUAUGACAACAUCAGGGCAGCCAACAUAGAGAUCUGUGCAAGGCCAGAAAACAUAUCAUGCAGAGCAGUGAAAUUUCCUAAAUACUCCAUCAAGGAUUUGGGGCAAAAAGUGGAAUGUGAUGUUUCGACUGGACUUAUUUGUCACAAUAAAGAUCAGACUCCUGGGCCUGUGUACCCUGUAGAUAUGUGUCUCAACUAUGAGAUCAGUGUAUGCUGCAAGGUUGAUUGCGGAUCUACACCAUCAACCACAACUACACCAACUACUACCACCACCAGAAGUACAACUACCACCACAACUACCACUUCACCAACUACCACUAUCUCUACAACUACAGGUAGUGAAUGUAUUAUUGCUUCCUGAUAUUGCUUUGUAGGAAUGAACAAAUUACUCAUAAAACUGAGAAAAAUACUGAAUGCAUUAUGAGAGCAUGUUUGCAUCAGCACAUCUAAUCAUGUUUCUUUUUUCAUUUUACUUGAUUCUUGAAGGUACGAGUGUUGCCUCUUUCACAUAAAUACUCACUUUCUGUUCUUAGGAUUGUGGCCUGACUUUCUGCUAUCCCUCUAUCCUAUGUUUACAGAGAAUGUGCAGGAUGUAAUAGGAUUAUGAAGUAGCCAGGGUUGUAUGAAAGGUCAGAGUGAGCAGCUUCCAUCAGAAAAGUAAAUUCUCCUUAAAAAAUAAAUAAUUGGAGUGGGAAGGGAAAAGACUCCAAUAAUCUAAAAAAAUAUAAUAGUUAGAUGUAUGGAACAUCAUAAAGUAUUUGUUGUUUCUCUAAUUGCAGGUCUAUCAUUGCAGGCAUUGUGGAAUUCCCUGCUUUGGGCAUCACAGUGGGGAGGUGAAGGCAGGAAAUGGUUUCUACAUGGCAUGGCACAGGGAUGGAGAAUCUGUGGUCUGCUGGACUACAAUUACCAUCACCCAGGGCUGAUUUGAGGUGUAGUCCAACAUCUUCAAGAGCCACAGGUUCCCCAUUUCUGGCAUAGCAAGAGUUUUUGAAGCAUUAUGGUUAGGGAAUUUGAGCUCUACUUCAGACAGCAAAAUGUCUUGGUUUGCCUGAACUGUAGGAAUCUUAGCACUUCUUUAAUUGGAAACUUGGAAUAUGCCAUCAUGUUGUUGCAAAUAUUUCACAACCUUUUUCAUCUGAAAUGAGCAUGCAUUAACUACUAUCUUUUCUGCCUUCCUUUGCUGUGCAUUCAACAACCACAACCACAGCAAGCACUACAAGUAGCUUCUCCAUAGAAACAGAGAUGUGUUUUUGUUUUUUAAGGGGAAAGGGUCAGGACUGCCUGGGAGUGGGCCUCAGCCAACAGAAUGGCUGGGGCAGGUUCCACAGGAGGGGGAUGUAUUGGGACACCUGAUCUCAGUGAUCACGGGCAGGAGGAGGAGUCACGCUAAGACCAGACCAUGUCAUUACCGAGGAGGCAGGCUUAGUCGUUGUUUGAGGACUAUCCCAGCCUCCAGGUCUGGUCCUGACCAGAAGGAUACUGGAAUCAGCAAGGGAAACCCAAAUGACCUGAAAGUGUUGCUGUGCAAUGCCAGGUCAAUGAUGAAUAAAACCACUGCCAUCCACAACCUGAUUUUGGUGUAGGAUUUGACCUGGCAUGUGUGACAGAGACUUGGUUGGAUGAAGCAGAUGGGCCUGUCCUUGCCGCUGCUUGUCCACCAGGUUUCUCUUACGCACAGCAACCCAGGUCAUGUGGGCGGGGAGGGAGGGUUGCAGUGAUUUUUAGGAAGCCAUUAGUUUGCACCAGGCGUCCUAUUGGGAAGACCCAAUUUUCUAAGGGCAUGUUCUGGAAGUUGGGCAAUAGGGGCAGUACAGGAUUCAUUUUGGUGUACCAACCUUCCUGCUGCACCAAGGUUUCCCUGCCUGAGCUGCUUCAGGUCAUGGCAGAUGUGCUCCUGGAGACACCUAAUUUGGUUGUCCUGGGGGAUGUUAACAUCCAUGCCGACACGAACUUACAAGGGGCUGCUUGGGACGUCGUGGAAAGCAUGGCCUUCAUGAAAGUCUAAAAAGAUGAAAAUUUGCUCAAAAGGCAUUUUCCAAACUAAUAUCAACAUUAACAAUCCAUUUUGGUCAACCUGUACAUGGAUCAAAAUGCUGAUGAAUUUGUGUGAACAGCUCCGAAAUCUGUAAGCGCUGUCAGUUUAAGGCUCAAAAGGUUAAGCUUUUAAUGCCUGAAAUAAGAGUUCUUUGGCUUGGAAAGAUUAGAACUCAUCUUCAUGACCUUGUCCUUUCUUUAACUUCCGAUGAGCUAAUAUGUACCUGUGUUAUAUAAUACACACAUUUACAUGCUUUCUAAAUGUGCUUUUUUAAUAUAUAUUGCAGAGUGUGUCAUAUGUGAUUGGUCUUCUUGGAUUGAUACGGAUUCCCCAAAUGGUGACAAGGAUGGUGGUGACAAUGAAACUUAUGAGAAAAUCAGAGAACAUGGUAUAGACAUCUGCUCUCAGCCAUCCAACAUUUCAUGCAGAGCAAAAGAUUUCCCUGGUACUUCACUUGAGGAAUUGGGACAAAAAUUGGUAUGUGACGCUUCUGUAGGACUCAUCUGUAAAAACAGAGACCAAGUCCCAGGUGUGGGUGUGGCCCCAACUUGUCUCGAUUACGAAAUUAGUGUUUAUUGCUGCAGAGACUGUUCUACCACCACAGUCUCGACUACAACCACCGCUCCCUACACUGGAAGCACAAGUAAAACUACAACAGUCACAACAACAGAAACAGGAACAACAACAACAGUACCUUGCACAACUGAUGAAACAGAACCAUGGUCCACUUCAGGUCAGUAUAGAAAAACUGUUUGGUAUGAAACAAUAAUAUGGUCCACAGGUGAAGUCUGCAGUUGCCUUCCGGAAAUCACAUUUGCCGCCUUGGUGUUGCAUUUUUCUUUCCACAUUUUAAAAAUGUGUUGGGAUGUUGCUAGGAAAUGCUUUAAGAUGCACAUGUUCUCUGAAAUGAUAAUGCUGGCACACUGUUCCAGGUAAUCAUUGGUGUGGAUAUAAAUCUGAAUUUAACCAUAGCUCCCCCAAAGUUCCAUCUACAACUGUUGCUCAGAUAAUGCAUAGCUUUAAUAAUAGGCAUCCUUUUAGCUCCAUUAUUGUCUCUCAUUAUGGAACUUCAAUUAAUGUGUGUCUAAAAAUGAAAAUUCUGUUGAGAAGCAAUUCCCAUGUGCUGUCGCUGACGUUGAUGCAGGAGCAAACCUAGGUGCACAUCUGUAUCAACAAAAGGAUGAUAUGCAGUGGGCUAGCUAAAUAUUUUCAUUGGGGUGUCCAACUCGAUUCAGGGCCCACUGGUUGUUGCAAAUGUUCUUUGUGUACAAACUAGAGCUGGAGAGAAACCAGUGGGGCAUCUUGUUGUACAAGGCAGCUUUAUAAUAAUGAAAAAUAAAUGCAUAAACAAACAGACAAACAGUCUUUGAAGACUUGCUGCAGCCCUUUUUUAGCAUAGCAAGCAUAAAAGCACACUGCCAUUUAAUAAAAUCAGGAGCUUGCUGCUUGAAGGAAAUAGCAACACCAGUAGUUACUCUCUAGACCAGUGCCAGCUGAUGAUGUUUUGCAGCCAUUUUGCAAAACCCAACUGUCCCGCAAAGCUUAAAAAUAAUAAAAACAGUGUUGCUACAUCAUAGAGAAACUGAUUUGAAAUCCUCUCUGAAACUACAAAACUGCUGCCGCUCAGUGUAGACAAUGCUGAGCUAGAUGGAACAAUGGAUGGUCUGGCUCAAUGUAAGCCAGAACCCCAUGUUCCAGUUCCUGUGGUGAUCUAUUCCUCGCUCCCUUAUUGUGAUGCCUGAAGGUCACUUCAUCCUGCUGGAUAGUAGGGCAAGUCUUGCUUUGGUCAGUGACUUUAAGUUAUUUUUAAAUGAUCAUUUGGGAUGUAUAACAUAAAGCUGUUCAGCCAAUUGCAUUGAGAGCAGCGUGACUUCAAAUUUGUGACCCAACUAAUUUUAUAACACAAUCCUAUGCAUUCUCCUGCUGGGUUCCAUUAGGCUUACUGCCACUUAAAAAUUUUGUAACCCACUCUGGGAGCCUUUUUGUUAAAUGAGAGGGUAUAGUGCUGUAAAUAAACAACAGAGAAAAUGUCCAUCGGAUAGCAGUCUUGUUCAAUUAACUGUCUGGUUUUAAAGCUGCAGUCCUGUGCACAGUUAACCAUGAAGUAAGUCCCACUGAACACAGUAAGACUUACUCCUGAGCCCAAAUGCACAUGGUGUUAGCAUUCCACUCCUCCGUUGCUGGAUGUGUGAUUGCUGUAUCACAUGUCUGUGUUUACUUGGAAAAGUGUGAGAACGGAAGCUAGUUUAUCUCUUCCGUUUUGUACUGUACUUUUGUACUUCUUUGCUCUCUCUCUCGGAGAAGAUGUGAGAGGACGCCAUGGUUGCUUUGUCCUGUAUAUAUUGCUUAAUAAAUUAGAAUGCUACACUCAUGCACCACGAUCGUUUCUGCUAUACUCUGCUGAUAGAGUGUGCGCAUGUCUUUAGAUAUGUGUUGCUGGUGCGCACUGGGACUGAUUUGUGAAUGUCCCAGGCUGCACUUCAUCAGGAAGAUGCCUGGAGAGGGCUGUCUCAUUCUGGGGGCUGUGUGUGCCCCCCAGGCGUGUUCCAACUCAUGGGUGUGCUGGUAAUUGAUUAAUUAAUUGCACAAUCUCCAUUCAUAUGUACUCAAGUGUAGCAACAGUUUUGAAGAAAACCAUUUACAAUCUUUAGAAGAUAUAUGUCUGUGUAAUAACAGAUUUAUUCAUUUAUUUUUAGAAAAAAGCUGUGGCUUGAUUAAACAGGGCACCAUUACAGUUGAAUAAAAGGGUUUUAAUCAUUUAACUGAAUCAAUGGAUACACUAAAGAGCAAAAUAGCAACCCUUAUUCUAAUCACUGCUUUUUAUCCCUGCUUUACAGAACCAUCCACUGCUCUUACCACCACCAAGAUCUCAACUACCACGGAGACCACAACCACAUCAACAACACCAACAACUACCACUUCCACCCCAACUCCAAGUACAACAACACCGACACCACCAACCACCACCACCACUGAACCAACUACAACAACCACAACUACCACUACUACUCCCCCUCCGAGUACAACUACAACAACGCCGACACCACCAACCACCACCACCAGCACUGAAACCCCUACAGUAACAACCACAACUACCACUACUACUCCCACUCCGAGUACAACUACUACAACACCAACACCACCAACCACCACCACCACUGAACCAACUACAACAACCACAACUACCACUACUACUCCCCCUCCGAGUACAACUACAACAACGCCGACACCACCAACCACCACCACCACUGAACCAACUACAACAACCACAACUACCACUACUACUCCCCCUCCGAGUACAACUACUACAACACCGACACCACCAACCACCACCACUGAACCAACUACAACAACCACAACUACCACUACUACUCCCCCUCCGAGUACAACUACAACAACGCCGACACCACCAACCACCACCACCACUGAACCAACUACAACAACCACAACUACCACUACUACUCCCCCUCCGAGUACAACUACAACAACGCCGACACCACCAACCACCACCACCACUGAACCAACUACAACAACCACAACUACCACUACUACUCCCCCUCCGAGUACAACUACAACAACGCCGACACCACCAACCACCACCACCAGCACUGAAACCCCUACAGUAACAACCACAACUACCACUACUACUCCCACUCCGAGUACAACUACAACAACACCGACACCACCAACCACCACCACCACUGAACCACCUACAACAACCACAACUACCACUACUACUCCCCCUCCGAGUACAACUACAACAACGCCGACACCACCAACCACCACCACCAGCACUGAAACCCCUACAGUAACAACCACAACUACCACUACUACUCCCACUCCGAGUACAACAACAACAACACCGACACCACCAACCACCACCACCACUGAACCAACUACAACAACCACAACUACCACUACUACUCCCACUCCGAGUACAACAACACCGACACCACCAACCACCACCACCACAACCACUGAAACCCCUACAACAACUACCACUACUACUCCCACUCCAAGUACAACAACAACAACACCGACACCACCAACCACCACCACCACUGAACCAACUACAACAACCACAACUACCACUACUACUCCCCCUCCGAGUACAACUACAACAACGCCGACACCACCAACCACCACCACCAGCACUGAACCCCUACAGUAACAACCACAACUACCACUACUACUCCCACUCCGAGUACAACUACUACAACACCGACACCACCAACCACCACCACCACUGAACCAACUACAACAACCACAACUACCACUACUACUCCCCCUCCGAGUACAACUACAACAACGCCGACACCACCAACCACCACCACCAGCACUGAAACCCCUACAGUAACAACCACAACUACCACUACUACUCCCCCUCCGAGUACAACUACUACAACACCGACACCACCAACCACCACCACUGAACCAACUACAACAACCACAACUACCACUACUACUCCCACUCCGAGUACAACAACAACAACACCGACACCACCAACCACCACCACCACUGAACCAACUACAACAACCACAACUACCACUACUACUCCCCCUCCGAGUACAACUACAACAACGCCGACACCACCAACCACCACCACCAGCACUGAAACCCCUACAGUAACAACCACAACUACCACUACUACUCCCACUCCGAGUACAACUACUACAACACCGACACCACCAACCACCACCACCACUGAACCAACUACAACAACCACAACUACCACUACUACUCCCACUCCGAGUACAACAACACCGACACCACCAACCACCACCACCACAACCAUUGAAACCCCUACAACAACUACCACUACUACUCCCACUCCGAGUACAACUACAACAACACCGACACCACCAACCACCACCACCACUGAACCAACUACAACAACCACAACUACUACUCCUACUCCGAGUACAACUACAACAACACCGACACCACCAACCACCACCACCAGCACUGAAACCCCUACAGUAACAACCACAACUACCACUACUACUCCCACUCCGAGUACAACUACUACAACACCGACACCACCAACCACCACCACCACUGAACCAACUACAACAACCACAACUACCACUACUACUCCCACUCCGAGUACAACAACACCGACACCACCAACCACCACCACCACAACCACUGAAACCCCUACAACAACUACCACUACUACUCCCACUCCGAGUACAACUACAACAACACCGACACCACCAACCACCACCACCAGCACUGAAACCCCUACAACAACCACAACUACUACUCCUACUCCGAGUACAACUACAACAACACCGACACCACCAACCACCACCACCAGCACUGAAACCCCUACAGUAACAACCACAACUACCACUACUACUCCCACUCCGAGUACAACAACAACGACACUGACACCCCCCACAACAACCACAUCACCAACUACUGGCCCAACAACCCCCACAACAUCUUCAACUACACAUACAACCCGCUGCACCUGUGUAAUGGAUGGAAAUACAUUUUUUGAAGGUAAAUAUCUUAGGUUUGAUCCAAUAAGUUACACUGAUACAAAUGAAAAGUCCCUUUUAAUGUUAAAUUUCUGUUUAUUAUUAUUUUUAUGUUAUUUUGGUCCCGAAGAUGACAAAAAUGUUGUUGCUGUUGUUGUUGCUUGUUUCCUUUCAGAAAUGUUAUAGAAUAAGAUAGGAAACAGUUAUUUUAAAAACUAAUGUUUAAUUAAGAUGAUCAAGAAAUCUGUUCUACACCUCCAAACUCCAGAGAAAGUAUUAGAUAUCUGUUAUACCACCCUGCAUUGCUAAGGCAUUCCCAAGAAUAUCUAACACAAAGGAGACAAUGUGUGAAAUAACAGGUAUUUUAAAGGCAAACUGUGGUUCAAAGUGAAUGAGGUAUCAAUACAAACGGGAAAUACAUCUGAUAAAGCCAGCUGUAUAAGUAAGGCUUACACCCAUAGUGCUGGUUCCUAAUAUUGACAGAUAGCAAGGAGAUGAAUGUUAGUAGGCCACUGUAGUCCAUGUUCUGGUAACUUCCAGAUUGCAUACAGUACAUUGAAGAUAACUUGAAGACCCAGUGAAAUUCAUCACCAUUCCAGUGAAUUUGGGCACAGAGCUGUCUAGUCUAUGUUUGGCUUAGAGGUUACACCUUGGCAAAGAGGAAGCUUUUUGUUUUGUUUUGUUUUUAUGCUGCUCACAUUUUUGCAUGGUAUUCCUCUAUUGUAUUUUCAUUGAUUGGAAUAAUAAUAAUAAUAAUAAUAAUAAUAAUAAUAAUGUUCCUGGCUGCGUUGAAUGGCUCCAUUUAGAGAGCAAAGUGUGGCUUAUACAUUUUAUUGUCAAUAAAAUAAAGAAAUCAUGGAAUCUGCUGAGUAACCAGAUUUUCAGCAGGAAUGUAGCCCUGGAAUUCAAUUUUUCAAUUCAGAAAUUCAACUUUCCAGUUGCCUUCAUCAUCCCUCAUCUGAAGCAAUUUGAGAAGGUAUAACUGAACAGAAAGCAGCCCAGCCAUUGUUUCUAUGCUUUGGUUCAGUUAUUUAUAUUAACCUCUAUUUCUCAAAAUCUAGGUGAUAUAAUAGAAGUGGGCAUGCACAGAGGCAUGUGCUAUCAGGCCAACUGCUCCUGGGAAUGUGAAGUAGUUUACAAGUAUUGGGAUUGUUCUACCACUACACCACUGCCAACGACAACUACAACCACAACAGAGCCAACAACGACUACAACCACAACAGAGCCAACAACAACUACAACAGAGCCAACCACAACUACAACCACAACAGAGCCAACCACAACUACAACCACAACAGAGCCAACCACAACUACAACAGAGCCAACCACAACUACAACCACAACAGAGCCAACCACAACUACAACCACAACAGAGCCAACCACAACUACAACCACAACAGAGCCAACAACAACUACAACAGAGCCAACCACAACUACAACCACAACAGAGCCAACCACAACUACAACCACAACAGAGCCAACCACAACUACAACCACAACAGAGCCAACAACAACUACAACAGAGCCAACCACAACCACAACAGCACCAACCACAACUACAACCGUAACAGAGCCAACCACAACAACUAUAUCUAUAAAAACAGAAAAUCCUACUAGUACAACUCCAAGUCGUAGUUCACAGGAAUCCACACCCACACCCACACCCGGACCAACACCCACACCCGGACCAACACCCACACCCGCACCAUGUCCAUUUGAGAAUGGGACUAUUCUAGUAAGUAUUCUUUAAUGCAUUGUAAAUUAAUACAGGAACAUCUUCUUGAAUUAUUUUGAGUAGUUUUCUUGAUCAUCCCUUUUCAAAACUCAAACUGCUCUCUUAACAUUUUCAAAUGAAAAAAGUUGCUGAAAGUGUUACUGAAAGGGAAGCUACCAUCAGUAUGUGUUCAAUGAGUUUCCUAUUUGGAAGUUAAUUUCAUAUAUUUCCUUUCUCUUGAAAAGGGUGAGUUACCACUGUUACUUGCUAUUGUCCAAACUAUAAAUUUAAAGAGAGAUAAUACCAAUGUUAGUUAUCUGUUCAUAUGAAAGAAAAAAGACAAAAUAAUUUCUGAUGAGUGUUGAGUUAUAAAGAAAAUAAAUGUGGAUUUUAUCCACAUUUGGUAGGCUUGUCAUGCAAUAUGUUGGAAAAGUAAAGCAAUAUCACUACAUACAGUCUUCAUUUGGACCUGUCAGGCUAGAGCAGAACAUUGGCAACUGGCUUUAACACAUACAGGUUAGAUUUACCUUGGCUGUUUCUUGCAUCUUGUGAUCUGGUGCUAACCUCAGAGAAAGCAAUCUGAUUUGGUCCUAUUUGGGGUCUUACCCCAAAUCGUAUGCAAAGCCCUAGUGUUGAAUAUUGUACUUUUAUUUUUUUACACUUUUACAUUUAAAACACAAAUAGAGCCACGAGCGUGCACAAAAAUGUUCAGUGUGCACUUAAAACCAUACAAGACACCACUGAAUAUAAUCUUCAGUCCUGCAGUUGAAUUACUUGAAUGAAACUGCAAGGGCAUACGUUGACUAGGAAAUGGUUGGUUACUCUUCUGAUCUCUUAAUAUAUACAGUAUAUUUGGAUAUGGAUAUUGUUCUAUUUAAACUGUCAUUUAUUUUCUCACUUGUCUUCUCAAAUACAGCCUGGAGAAUCUAUGUGGAUUUGUGACUGUGUCCAGGCCUUUUGCAUUUCAAACGAGGAGUGGAUUUUAAAACCCAUAAAGUGUGAACCACCACCUGAGCCCACAUGUUCCAAUGGGCUUGCUCCUGUUCGUGUGAUGGAUGAGAAUAACUGCUGCUGGCACUGGGAAUGUGACUGUGAGUUUGUAUUGAAAACCUGUUAGGUGUUCUCUCAAUGGAUCCAUAUGCACAGGGGGAAAGGUGUAGUUUAGGGCUGCCAUAUUUCAAAGUUGUUGAGCUUUUUCAAGUAAAAACUACAAUAAUUUUUGAGUUUUGGAGCUUUCUUAGACAUUUUUGGCACAAUUUAGCCCCUGUUGCCAGUUUUCCAGGACAUUUGCCUGAUUACUGAAAAUAAUCCAAGAUGCCAUUUUCGGAGGUGAAUUCUAGGACAUGUCCUGGAAAUUCAGGAUGUAUGGCAGUAUAAGUGCAUCAUAUAACUUUUUGUUUCCCCUUUGAAUACCUGUAUCAGUUUAGAGCUGCAAUUAGAUAUUUUGUGUCUUUCAUAUGUUUGAACAUAGAGUGAGGGAGAUUCUACUCAUGGCUCACCCUCUGAACCCUUUUCGGUACAAGGAUUGAAAGGAGCCUGCAAACAUAUGCAAGAAAUGCUCUUCCCUUAUCACACACAGUAACAAAAUAAUCAAUGCGAGGCAUGGCUUCCAGGUCUAAAAAGACAGCUUCCAGAAAAGCAUGAAGAUUUGUAUCUUAUUUUUAGAAUUUCACUUUUAAGUAGGUCCUGCACAAGGGGUUUGCACUGCCACCCACCCCCAUUCUCCUCAAUGUGCCACCCUGCUCCCAUCCUCCUCUUAGUGGCAGUAGCAGUGCCAGUAGUGUUAAAGAAAAAAUAUGUUUGUGUUACAGUAAGUGAGGGUGAGGCGCAAGAGGAGGAGGAAUGGGGGUUGGUAGAGGGGGGAGUGGCACCUGGAAGCCAUGCCCCUAAUGCAAAAAUAUAUGUUUUGCUAAUGAGCACAUAUGCCUGAUAAUACAAAUGGAGAUAUAAAACAAAUUGCUUCUUUGCCAUCCUGUGUUUUGAUGUUAUUGUAUAUCUCACAAGAAGGAGAUUCCAGUUUCUUGAGCCAUUAGUGCUGCUAGUGGGGCUGACAGUCUCUUACUCAAUGUCACAGUUUCUGUGACAAACUCCAUCUAGAUUUUCUCAGUGCAAGAGCCAUUAGGCUCUCUUCCCCCUUCCUGAAACAAAAUGUUGUUCAUAUUCCUCUGUGUUAUGCCAGACAAAAACCUACCAAUCAAUUUUAUUGUCUCACUAAAGGCUACUGCACCGGCUGGGGAGACCCACAUUAUAAGACCUUUGAUGGCCUCUACUACAGUUACCAAGGCAACUGUACCUACACCCUGGUGGAAGAGAUUGUAAAAACCAUCGACAACUUUGGAGUGUACAUUGAUAACUAUCACUGUGAUCCAAGGGAACCAGUGUCCUGUCCACGUACUCUCAUUAUAAAGCAUGAGACUCAGGAUAUACGCAUACACACACUCUCAUCUGUUCCUAUCAAAAUAGAGGUAUGAGUCAAAUGCCUUUUAUGAUUUAAAGCUACACCCUGCUAACUAGAUAAUUAAUAACAGAUUUGAAAAUUAGUUUGUACUGUAUCUCCCUUGACUCAUUUUUCAUGACAUUUACACAGUUUAAACUAUAAACUGUUAACAUGCUACUUUGGGUUGAGUUAACGCUUUGCCAGCAAUAAGUGAUUUGGCUUCUUAACACAGCCUAGGAUCCAGUUGUGCCUAUUUGUCAGCAAAAUGGCCUAUCCAUCAGGAGGGGAGUUUUGAAGAGGCUAUGGGGAGGAGAGAAUAAUAGAAUCAUAGAGUUGGAAGGGACCCAAGGGAAGGAAAUGUUCUAUUGUGCAAGUGAAGUCCACCCACACAAUGUUAGAUUUCAUCCAACAGAUAGAUAGAUGAUAGGUAGACAGACAGACAGACAGACAGACAGACAAAUAUAGAUUUAUAUGCUUAAAAGCCAACCAGCAAAUUGACUAAAACAAUUCCUUGUUCCUUUUCUCUGGUAUGCCAUAGUCCUGCAUUUAAAAAUGCUGUUUGAAAAGAUACAAUUUUUUAUUCUAACUAUUUUACAUCCUUUCCCACCCUUUGGAUAUUAGGUACUCGUAAAUGGGAAUGUUGUGAAUUUACCUUACACAAAAUAUGGUGUGAAAAUUCAUCAGUUAGGUAUGAAUUACAUGGUGGUAAUUCCUGAAUCGAAGAUAAAUAUAACCUUCAACGGCAUAUCUUUCACUAUUCGGAUGCCCUAUGAACUAUUUGGCAACAACACCCAGGGCCAGUGUGGUAAGGAUUAUUUUGUUUUUUCUUCUAAAAUGAUACACUGAAAAGCAAAUAAUAAGAACAAUAUCAGAAAUAUAAAGGUGAACCAUUAUGGGAAUACAUUAAAAAAACUAAUUUAAACAGUAAUAGUAAUAUAUUGUGUGCAAGCAGCUUUUUACUAUUAAUGAAAAUUGUUUUCAAAAACACACACCUAAUGAUACUUAGAAAGUUAUGUGCUAUAAGUUCUGUGAAUUCAUCUUCAGACCUUGUAUUAUUAGUAUUGAUAAAAAUAAUAAUUAGUAACAUAAUGGAAACCAAAUGAUGUACAGCUGCCUGAACUCCUCUGCUUUAUGUCAAUUUUAGGUACAUGCACCAAUAAUACAGCAGACGACUGUCGACUGCGCAAUGGAGAACUUGCAGAAAACUGUGUACAAAUGGCAGAUGACUGGUUUAUUACUGAUGACUCCAAACCCCAUUGCCCCCGAUUGCCCCCGAUUCAGGAACCAACAACCCGCCCGCCCUGCGAACCAUCUCCGCUCUGUAAACUUUUACUUGAGGGGUAAAUGUGCUCUUACCAAUUUUCACUUUGGGAUUUGUAUCUGUUUAGUUUGGUGUUUGGUCUUCAUUGCUUAAAAGUUUGGCUUCUUUCUUUCUUUCUUUCUUUCUUUCUUUCUUUCUUUCUUUCUUACACUUGCCUGCUCUUCAGAGUGAUUUUGUUUUAGAAAUUCAUCCUAUUUCUGCAUGGAUUUUUCUGGGGUAAUGGAGUCACCCAAAACUAAGGGUUGUUUUCCUGUUUUUAAUCCAGUUGCACAAGUACAACUUUUGGAUUCUGAUAUGCUUCUUUUUUAAAAAAACAAAACAAAACAAAACAUUUUGAGCACUUUUAUUCUUUUUUAAUUCUUUUUUUGUGCUGAAAGUACUUUACAGUGUUUUAUCUGUGUUUCCCACAAAUGCACCCCUGCAUCCCCUUCAUUACACUGAAGCUCCCUGCCCUCUCUAAUCAUAGUGUUGACAAAUGACAAUUUGCAUUCUAUUUUCCCAUAGAGAAUGUACCCCUGGUCUAUUAUAUAUUUCUUACAGAUCAUCUGAUUCAUUAUACUCUACAUUGGCCAAUGAUAUCCUCUGAUAGGCUCCUUCUGGGGGUUCAUCAAGCCCCUGGGGUUUGGUUGGCCUUCACUCAGGGCUGAGCCUUUAGUGUGGCAGGUCCUGCACUGUGGAAGUCCCUACCAGCAGAGGCUUCGCAGGAACCAUCCCUCUCUUAUUUCAGACAUCUUUUUAAAAAAUGGCCUUUGCAAGAUAAAUUUUCUCUUUCUACCCAGCCAGUAUUGAUUGAUUUUUCUAAUUUUGUUUUCUAUGGACACUGUUGUCGGUUUUAUUUUUAUAUUUUAUAUAGCACCUUGUUAUACUUUUAUGAUGUUGAUUAUAAAUGCAUACAUAAGUAAAAGUGUGUGUGUGUGUGUGUGUGUGUGUGUAAUGAUGCAUUUGUAGAAUGAACAGGUUCCUUGAUGAGAUAAGCAUGGAUCAUCAGUACCUAAUACUGUUUUUAUUCUUCCUGCAUCUAGUGAAUUCAAGAAGUGUCAUGAUGCUGUUGAUUAUGAAAACUACUAUGCAGCCUGCGUGUUUGAUAACUGCAGGAUUCCCGACCGUGGCAUGGAAUGUGCAAGUCUUCAGAUCUAUGCAUUUACCUGUGCAGACCAAGGUGUCUGCAUUGAUUGGAGAGGGCUUACCAAUGGCACAUGUAGUAAGUGCUUAUUUCUUAAAUUCAUCUGGAACUAUUUGGGACAACUGUAGAGCUGAGAUGGGGAACUUGUCGCUCUCCAGAUUUUGUUAGACUAUUAAUUCUCAUUAGCCCCAGCCAGCAUAGGCACUGAUCAGGAUUAUGGAUGUUAUAGUAUAGCAGCAUCUGCAGAGCCACAAGUUCCCCAUCCCUGUUGUAGAGUUACUGGGUAUGCCUUCACAAAAGCCCACUAGCACUCUCCCAUGAGUGUCUUAACUCAAGAACCAUACUGUAGGUGAAGUGAAGGGAUGAUGUAUAGGGUUUUGCCCAUCUGAUUCCCCUGUGUGGACUGUACAGUCCAUCGUUCUCCAUAGCUUCUGUAGGGCAUGAAUUCACAUGAAUGCAUCGAAACAUUUGCACACAUGCAUUCUGCUAUUUAAGUUAUUUUUUAGAUCUAGUCGCAGGUACAGUUUCCCAAAAGCUUACUGAAAUACUUUUAUGAACCCUGCUAAUAGUUGGAUAUCUCAGAUUCUAAUAGAAAAUGCAACUCUGAAAAUAUAUUUUUCUUUUUGAUGUUUUUGUUUAAAAACAGUUAUCCAACAGUUUUAAAGUGCUAUCACUUAGACAGAGAUUUUAUUUCAUUGAGCUUAAAAUGCCCCGGGCAAAAGCAAGUAGGAAGCUAGCACCCAAUGAGUAGCUGAUGAAUGAGCGGGAAGGAUGGAGAUAGGCCACCACAGGGUAUUCUCCAUUCUCUCUCUUCUUUUUGUUGCCUGUUCAUGAUGGCACCUUAUGGUGGGCUGUGCCAGGAUGGACAACUAUGUUUUCUCCGCAUGCAAGUAGCCUAUGUUACUUAGGUUAUUGAGUGUGCCCAGAUAAGGAAGGCACCAUUAGAUACUAUCACUGACCAAUAAGAGAGAAGAAGGUACAGAGAUGAGAAAGUAUACACUAAUCAGUUUAUCCCACCUUCUCUGUUCCUCACUCAGUAGUUUCCUGCUUUGUUUGUUGGGAGAGCCCAUAUCCUGCCUUUGUUUUUUUGUUCUCGGUUUAGAAAUGCAUACAAGUUAAAAUAGGCUGUUCUCUUUCAGGAAAAAAUCAUCAUGGUUAAUAUUGCCGAUCCUUCUGCUUCAUUAAUUUUUCCCUUUUUUUAAAAAAAAUCUAGGCGUCAGCUGCCCAUCUAACAGAGUCUACAAAGCAUGUGGUCCUGCUCAAGAGGAGACUUGCAAAUCAGGGUAAUUACUUUCCCACCAGCCCAAUCUCAGUACCGUCUGUCUGCAUGAACUGAUGUGAUGAGCUCUUUGGUACUGUCACUUAGUAUAAUAUAUGUGUAUUGUAUAUAAUGAAGUAGAGUUCCUAUCCUUGGUUUCGUAGUCCACAACACCUUAAAAUCCCCCAAACAUCACUGUCUGGCCUAGAAAUUCCACACUCAUAGUGCAUGCCAAUCAGUGUGCAGUUCACACAUAUGCUUGGCAAGGGUGGUACAGGGAGCACCCAAGCCAUAUAUGCCAUACAUGUGAUGUAGGUGCUGCAAUAUGCAUACAGUUCUACAACCUUACUCCCAAUUUGUUUGAUAUUUCACUCUCCAUUUCAGUAGGAAGCUCACAUUAAUCAGGCCUGUUCAAAUAUUAUCUCACUGUAUGAGAAUACAGUCUGCAUUUGGAUGUGGACGAACACUAACCAGUUCUUCACGACACAUUUACUCAGCAUUUGGUGACUCUCAGGUCAAUGUGCAAAGGAACUCUCUUGGAAUGCAUUCUGUUCAUAUACCCAUUAACCAUGGUCUUUUGUUGCUCUGGAUUAUUUCAUGCAUAAGAGAUGGUGCAAGGCAUGAAACUCGGUCCUUACCUGAGUUAAUCUGUAGUAACUCCACAAAUUUUACUGGCUGGGUUAUGUAUGAUUUUUUGUUACCUGAAAGGCAGUGGAAUUCUCUGCCUACUUCCCCUGAACCCACCCUGUCAUCCUUGCACAGACCCCUAUAAAUAUAUGUUGUUUCCAUCACGCAACACAAAUAAAUAUAUGACAUCCAUAUGUGGUCUCUAGAAUGCAGUGCAAUAUUGACACAAUCCAGAACAUCCCCCAAAUCAGAACAGUUAUUUUCUCCACUCGUACAUCAGCAAGUUGUGACUUCAGCUAUAUACCUGUAUAUCUACAGAUAAAGGGAUAUUGAUAGAUAUGUCAUAGAUUUAUCAUUUGAAAUGUCAUUGGCUUAAAUUAUAAAUUUCUGUUAUGCUGUAUGAGAAGAAUCCUGACUUUUUGAACUGUUUAUCUAUUGUAGCUUAAUCGGAGUCAACCAAACCCAACAAAUUGAAGGCUGCUUCUGCCCUGAAGGGACAACACUUUAUGAUGCUGGUGUGGAUGUUUGUGUGAAAACCUGUGGUGAGUUUUCAUUCUGAUUCUUCUUUCCCCCAGGAAUUUAGGCUACAAUUCUAUGACCCCUGGAAGGGUAUUGCAUGGGCCAUAGGAUUUUGUAGAUCUCCUUCUCUGUGGGUGGAGAGCUGUAGAAACCUCUACAUAUGUCCCUCUUUUGCUGAUUGGCGUAGGAGGGGAAAUAGGCAUGUUAUGGGUGUGAUGGGAGUGGAUCCAAAACUCUCCCCUUUCCCCAGUAUGCUGGGAAAGAAAGGUACACCAUCCAUAUAGCUGGUGCAUUUCAUGUCCCUCCAGACUCCCCACCCUCAUGCCCUCGCCACUUCUUCUGCCCUGGCUGGCACAAAAGCAACAGGCCUCAGAUUUGGCAGUUCUUUGACCACAUAUUCCUCCUCCCCACCACCAUUGUGUUGUUCUGCCUGAUAACUGGCUAUCAGGUACUGUGUCAUGAGUAAUAGGCAUGCCACUACUAGGCAGGUGCUGCCUGAGGCAGCCACCUCACCCAACCUCUUGGGUGGGGGAGCUCUGCAUAGCAUCAAUGUGCCCAUGGAAGGUUUGCCACAGAUGGACGCAUACUGCCUUAUGCCCUGACAUUGUUGUCAUUUCAACGCUAAGUGAAGAUGUACCUGUUCAUGGCCUUUUAGGUUGUUUUUCUUUUUUUAAGAGAGUGGAAGAUGUGGAAUUAUUUGAAAGGUUCCAGAUAUUUCUAUAGGUGGCAACAGUGGUCUUAAUUUUUUUUAUGUAACAAAAAUGUGUGGCUCAUAAUUGAGCCUAAUGCAGUGGUUUUCAACCAGUGUGCUGCGGCACCCUGGGGUGCCUUGAAUGAUGGUCAGGGGUGCCAUGGCACAACUGGCCUCUGUCCCUCUUUCCUUCCCUCCCUCCUCUGAUGUCCUCUAGCGUCUUUGCCUCUCAGAGGCUUCUGUGGCUGUUUGUUGCAGCAGCCCUGACUACAAGCUCCCCAGGCAAAUGGUGCCUCUGGGGCUGGCCAGGGGUUGCUGGUUGCCAGGAGCUGAGGCGGCCUCGGAGUAUGCAAGGAAGUGGAUGAGGGAGCCCAGCCAGCUAGCCCACGAGCCCUUGCUGUUAGGAAUGGACAGACAAGUGGGAAGCCCGGCAAACAGGCACUGCAUUGACCUUUCUUGUGCUUGCUGUGUGCAAGGCCUGUGCUGAAGGGGAGCCUUUCUGCCAUGCAGGCCCGACAGUGCCUGCUGCUGCCACCUGAGGUAAGGUGCUGGCCUCACAUUCUACUUUGGCCGGUCUCUGCUGGGCCACUAAGGCUGGAGGCAUGGUCUUCCCAGGCCCCUGUGGAGCAGUGUGAGGAGGCACCUCUCUUUGGAGCGGGGAGGGGGCAGCUCAGAGACCAGGGGUGGCGGCUGUAGCUGCCCAGAGGACUCCCAAGGAGAAGGGAGAGUAGAAGAGGCUGAGGAAACACUCCUCAAGGGAGGAUAUUAGAAAAAGCAUAAGAGGCUGCCAGCUUUGUAGGCAAGGGGUGAUAUAACUGGGCUCCUGAGCCCCACGGGGUGCUGUAGAAAGAUUGUAGUUGGUCAAGGGAGACAUGGACUCAAGAAGGUUGAAAACCUCUGGCCUAAUGAACUUAUUAGUAAUGAAUGUUUUAUUUAUUCUGCUUGCAGGAUGUGUUGGGCCAGAUAAUAUACCAAGGAAGGUAAGUUGCAAGUCUGUUUGUUUUGUGUCCCUUUUUUGCUGAAUUGUAAAUAUUCAGUUGUAAGUUUGCUUUACUUUGGGGAAAGGAAGUGCAAAAUCCCAACAACUUUGUUUUCUAUUGCUCUUUCAACUAUUUGGAGAUAAUCUCAUCAAGGGAUCCAUCAUGAUAAACAGUUUUUGGAAUGUAGCAGAAUUAGGACUGAAAUAAAAUGACCUACCAAAAUUAGCUCCCUUCUGCUAUCUUCCAAAAUAUAUGUGAGUUAUUUAGUUAUUUAAAUAGUUCAUAACCUUCACUUGAUGUUAUAUGACAUCAGACAAUUUAACCUUCAAGCCACAGAUGCAAGGGAAGGUUUUUCCUCUGCACCCAUGACUGGAAGUGCAAAGAAAUGAUCUUUAUUUGUAGCCACAGCUUUUAACAGGUGCUCCUUGAUUUUGGUUCCCUUUUCUGUUGCUGAACAAAAAAAGGUGCCAAAUUUAAAAAGUGCCUAUUUCAAGCCAGGUCUUGUAAGGAAGAUCCUUUAUUUGUACCUCAAGCCAUGGCUGAAAAGAAAGAAAUGGGAGUGCUCUUAGAGUUACCCCAGUUCUUCCUUUUGACUUUGGUGCUACAGCUAUGAUGUCAAGUGAUGAACAGGUGGCACGGUGGGUCUAAUUAAGUGCACAGACUGAAGGUUCCCCACUGCUUCUGUCAGGAGAAGGCAUUCACCCAGAGGGUGCUGCCCAGAAGAAGUUAAAGCAGACAUUCCACAAACCUCAUGGACAGAAAUUUUUUAUUACAGUUGGUACCCUGUAGACAUGCACAAACUUAAUGUGUUUUACCUUUCCUGAAUGAUAGUUUGGGGAGGAGUUUGAGUUUGACUGCAAGAAGUGCAGUUGCCUGGAAGGAGGCAGCGGUAUUACCUGUGAGCCCCUCAAAUGUCCAUCAGAUGAUGAUGUCAGCUGUGAAGGAGAUGGAUUCUACACGAUCACUGAAGUCAAUCCUGAUAACAAAUGCUGCUCUAAAACCACUUGUGGUAAGUCCAUCUUGGUAGCCCUUUGCAAUUCAGAUACCUGCUUUGGAGCAACCAAUGGUCAAUGGUAGAGCAAAUACAUGAGGUUGCCUUCAGCACAGUGCUAAGGUGAAGGUUCCGUCAGUGCAAGGAUUCCUCCUUGUGCACCAGAGUGUUCACCCCCUUCCUGUCCCUUGUGUGUCCCCUAAAUUUGCUCUGGAGCUUCUCCAAGGUUUUGGGAACAGCUUUGGGGAUGAUAUGGGACAUGCACAGGGAGAGGAGAAAGGGGAAAUCCCCUAGUGCUAAUCAUUGCCUUAGCACAAAAGGUUUAAUACAGCCCAUGAUGUCUAUAGGGCUAUAGGUUCACUUCCCAGUGCUAGCAAUUUUCAGACAGCAGAGGUACAACAGACUAGAAAGUCCCUGUAAGUUCAGGUAAACAGAAUGUCUGUUUCGGUGAUUAGUUGUUAUUAUGCUAUUUUGUUUUUUGAGGGGGGGAAAAGCCAACAAGCAGUAGCAGUUGGUGGUGUGGGCAGGGCAGGGCAGGGCAGGGCAGGGCAGGGCAGCAUUGCUCACCUGGCUUUGCAAUGCCUCGUGGUUACUGCUCCUUACAAGGGGGAGAAGGAGCGAAGCAGCAGGGAGCUCAGUACAAGUGAAGGCACAGCAAUGGAAGUGGUGGAUUGGCCCCACUGGCCAGAGAACUACGAACUGAAUAAAUACUUUCAAUUACAGUUUCCCCAACUAUGGGAGAACUCCUGUUGCACAAUGCAUGAUUACUUCACUGUUCAAUAUUAAUUUGCAAGAUGCCUGGUUAAUUCACUGUUCAGUACUCCUGGUUGAACCCAGUUUAAGGAAUUUCCCCAUGUUUCUGCAAUAUCAUUUUGCCCUUUCUUCUUUACAGUAUGCAAUGCCACUGACUGCACAACAGAGCCUCCUAAAUGUCAGCCAGGGUAUGAGUUAGUUUCUGAAGUUCCUGAAGGCCACUGCUGUCCUGAUCACCGAUGUGGUAAGUCUGUUUUAACAAAUUAUGAAAGGAUAAGCAUGACACAUCGCAUUCUGGUCCUAAGCGUGCUUAGAAGUGAAUCUGGCUGUUGUCAGUGGAAUUUGCUUCCCAGUUGUAUCCUUAGCUUACAGUCUAAUGAAGCAGUAGCCAACCUGGUGCCCUCCAGAGGUCGCAGGACCACAGCUCCUACCAUCCCUGACCACUGGCUGUGCUGGCUUGGGGCUGAUGGGAGUUGUAGUCCAACAACAUCUGGAGAGCCACAUGCUUGCCAUCCCUGCUGGUGAAGGAAGCAUGGUGGGGAGCUAUAUAACAGUGAGUACAUUUUAAAAAAAUAUCCAGUGGCUUAAUAUAGAAUAUUUUACAUGUUGCCUUUUUUUUUUUUUUUUUUGUAGAGCCCAAAAACGUUUGUGUGGCUAACGGUAAUGAAUACACGGUAAGAUUUCCUUUUCUUCCUUACUCUGCUAACAAAAGUUUCAUGAAGUGAUUUGUCUAUUUGUCCAUUUUUGGGGCCCAGUUGCACAUCCAAUUUUCUAAAGAAAGGACAUCAUUCCAAAACACUUAAUAACACAUUUCUAUAUACAUCUACUCAAGAGUAAGUCAGACUUGAGUUCAACAGGGUUUGCUCACAGGAAAAUAUGGCUGCCUUAGGCUGCAGUUACAAGAAACUAGCCCCAUUGAACAGAGUGGGACUUUCUUCUGAGUAGACAGUAGCAUAGGAUUAUACAGUCAUACUUUGGAUCCUGAACGCCUUGCGACUCGAACAUUUUGGCUCCCAAAUGCCACAAACCUGGAAGUGGGUGUUCCGGUUUGCGAAUGUUCUUUGGAACCCGAAUGCCCAACGCGGCUUCCGCAGCUUCCGACUGAGUGCAGGAAGCUCCUGCAGCCAAUCAGGAGCUGCGCCUUGGUUGUCGAACAUUUUCGGAAGUUGAAUGGACUUCCAGAAUGGAUUCUGUUUGGCAACCAAGGUGCGACUGUACUGUGAAAUCAGUAGCAGUGUAUGAAGUGGGUAGAACAGCAGAAGUAGCCUUCCACUGGCAGCACUGCUGUUCACAGAAUAGGGCAAGAUGAGGGGCUGGUGAGAUUGAAGUGGGACUCCGGGUUGGUAACAGUGGUGCUUCACAUCCUCAUGUACCUGUGGAACACAGAUGUUGCCAAAUCCAGAGCUCCCCCAGGCUUGCCACUUUCUCUCACUGCCCCAUCUGCAUCCGGGAGAAUGAAGUGCCUCCACCACUGGGAGGUCAGUGCUGCUGAUCCACACCCACCCGCACCCCCCGCACUUUGCUGGUAACGAUCAAAUGAACAAGAGUGUGAAUUGAGCAAGGAUAGAUAUUCAAGAGGGAAUUAGCAAGAGAUGGAAACAAAUUUAAAUUAAAUUAAAUCUAAAGCAACUACUGCCACUGGGCCAUUCUCAUGUUAUUCCAUUAUUAUUUUUUGGGUAGUCAUUUUGUGCUAAAGUAAUAUAAACAGGUCUGUUUCAUGCUUUGCUUUGCUUAUAGUUUAUCUCUUGCUCCCCUAUUCCAGCCUGGCUCUCAGAUCUUAGGAGAUAAGUGCCAGAAAUGUGUCUGCACAGAGGAAAAAGACAACAGUACUUGGCUGAAUUUGAUCAGUUGCAGCUACAUCCCAUGCCCAACGACGUGUGAACAAGUAAGCACCAUCCACUUUAAGAACAAAACCGAAAACCAGUUGCUAUGAUUAUUAUUACCUAGAUCUAGUUCAUUCUGGUUUCAGACCUGGGCUUGGGACUGAAUCAGCUUUGGUUGCCCUGAUAGGAAAGAGAUGGGGGAGUGCAACCCUGCUGCUCUUGCUUGAUCUCUCAGCAGCUUCUGAUACCAUUGACCAUGUUAUCCUGCUGGAUCAGGUCUGUGGGGGCACUGUUUUACAGUGGUUCCAUUCUUACUUGCAGGGUUGUAUCUAGAAAGUGGCACAGGGAGACUGCUCCUUGGGCCCAUAACAGUCCCACAGUGCACUAUUUGGCCCCCAGUGCUAUUUAACAUCUAUAUGCAACCAUUAGAAGUAGUCAUUGGGAGUUUUGUGGCAAGGUGUCAUCUGGAUGCUGAGGAUGCCCAGCUCUAGUUCUCCAUUAUAUUUUUUAUUCAGGAGAGGCUGUGAAAGACCGGGACCAAGUACCUGGAUGCAUUGGUAGACUGGAUGAGGGUCAGCCCUGGGAAGACAGAGGUCUUGUGGGUGGGGUGGUUCUCAGAUCCAGGAGAUAGACCGGUUGCCUGUCCUGGAUGGGCUGACACUCCCUCUGAAGAAGCAGAUACAUAGUUAGGGGUAUUCCUUGAACCAUCGUUGUCACUCGGGUGGCCUGUAUGCCUAGGAGUGCCUUUUAUCAAGCUUCUGCUGGUAUGCAACUGGAAAGGUAUAACUUACCCACUGUCCAUGUGUUGGUUAAUCCCAAGAUUGAAUUAUUGUAACACACUCUAUGCGUGGCUGCCGUUGCGUCUAUUGUAUGUUUUAAAUUUUAAAUUAUAUAUAUUAUAUGCUUCAUUGUUGUAAGCCACCUUGAGACCACAUGGUGAAAAGCAGCAUAUACGUUUUAAAAUAAUAAAUAUAAAGGUUGAUGGAACAAUGUGAAGUGAAGUGGGUCUGAUCAGGAUGACUCAGGCCUCCUUUAUACAACUUCUUUGUACAUACCUGUUGAAGUUGGUAUGAGUUAACAUGUUCAGGGAUAGGUUUCCCAUCCAUACCCUUUUGUGUGAAGCAAGGGUUAAGAUCUACCUCUGACAGAGGGCUUCAUAUUUCUUUUGUAUUCUUUUACUUUUUCCUCUCUUUCUCUCCCCCACACCCACUUUAAAGUUAUUCCCUUUUUUCAUUUUCAUUUAGAUUCAUCUGUUUCUUUUCCUUUCUAUGCUGAAAAGUUUCAAUAAUAAUAACAUUUCAAAAAAGUGGUAGCACCUUCCCAGGUAUUUUCCCUCCAUCACAUGAGGUGGGGGGGGAGAGGAGAGGUGUGCCCUCCCUAGCCCCAACCCCUCACUCACAUCACCAUCACCGCUCCCACAUUCUUCCAUGUGCUGAAGCUGAAUUUCUGGAGCAGGGAGCCUUUUCGUGGUUUGAAACCUUGAUCUUCCAUUAUUCAUCUCAAAGUGGUUAUAUACGCCAGCACAUGUAGGAUCCAUAGCAGUUGUCAUUAUCUGAACUGGCCCAUAAACAUUGUCAUUUUGUAGAUCUAUAGGCUGGAUUUUACAUAUCUGUAGGUGGGGCAUUGGAUUUUUUUGUAGGGGGAGGAUAGGAUGGAGUAUGCAAGAGUGGUAUAGUUGGCUGGAUGACUAAGAAGCCUGAGCAGGAGCACCGCACAUGGCAAAGCUUUGUUGCAGAUCCCAUAUCAUAAUUGUGCAUCUCUUUCUCCCUAGGGACAUACUCUUAUUCAUCAGGACGGUGAAUGUUGUGGGGUGUGUGUGCAGACAAGCUGUGUUAUACGAACACCUCAGAAUGAUGUUUUCAUCUUAAGAGUAAGUGUUUUGUGUUUUAAAGAGUCCUCAAAUAGUAAAGAUUUUCUUGUAAUCCUGAACUUCUGAUGCAGGAGAAAAAGCAACUAGCAUUCAGAGAAAGAGACUGGCUGCAAACGUCGAAAUUUAUAAAUAAAUCCCACAUACCCUUAUGGCACCCAAGUAUCUGUGUGAGAUCCUAGUGAUGUGCAUUAGUUUUAAAAAUAAAUGAAAAAAGAAUCAAAUGCAUUUCCAUUUAUUUUAUAUUUGUUUUGUGGGUACAUUCAUUUUUAUUUUGAAAUUAUCAUUUUUAUUUUGAAAUUAUCAUUUUUCAAAUUUGACAUGUCCAAUCAGCAUGAACAAUGGCAGUGAUGGUGCCUUUGAGAGAGCAGUACGCUGCCUGCAAAUGUUAGUGGCUGUGUGACAGCAAAGUUAUAGGCAGGCAAAAACAAAAGGAGAUCACCCAAAGUUGCAGGGAGUUAAUUGCUACCUCUUUCUUAACUGCCUCUGCAAUGGAUAUUCUUUGUCCAAACUGAAAUUUGGCAAAGCAAUCACCCCAAGAGGGUAGUAAAAAUUCUGCAAAUUUCAUGCCAUUUGGAUGGAAAGCAUCAGGCUACAGGCAGCAAAAGUUCAGGCAUGUCUUCACCGAGAGCAACAGGAAAAUAAAAACAAAUCAAAUUAAAAUCCGAAAAAUAUUGGCUUUUGAAAAUGAUGGAGUCCAUGGAACUGGCAAGAUUAACAGCAAAUAAUAGAGAUCCAAAUGACAAAAAAUUGCUUAAGAUUUGGAGACUUCUUAUUGAGUAUUUAAAGAACUACUAUAGUGAGAGGAAAACACGAGCAGGAGUUGAAAUAUGAGCAACAGUGGGAAUUAUUAGGACGGAUAGGUCAAAAUGGAUGUAUUGAAUAGUACAGGUGAAUUAUGCAGCAUGGAAGCUGAGGACAGGAAGUCAAUGAUAACGUAACUUACAGUUUAUGUUAAAAUUUGUAAAGUUUUUUUGUGAAAAAUUAAUAAAUGGACAAGUGAAGCAAAAGCAGUUAAAAGCAGAUAAAAUGAAACAAAUAUGGUUUUAGUAGUUAAAACAAAAAUAUUUUCCCCCAUUUGCACUUUUCAAAUUUCUCUCUCUUUCCCUUAGCUCCCUAUUCUUCCUAUUCCACUUAUCUGAUGCUGACAGUUUACAAAAGCUUCCUUGCUUAGUUACCAGGGAGUGAUUAUGGUUUGCUGCAGGUGAACAAAUGAGUGCCUAUUUAGUUGCAACUCCAUCCUUAAUCACUCCCUCACAUACUUAUUUUCUGUUCCUUCAUUCCCACAAAACUGGCCUCAGUCCUGACUGGGACUAUUCUUGGGUAAAGAGUCUUAUCUUUCUAUUGCAAGCUCUCUCCAACCCCAAUAUUUUAACCUUCCUUAUGGGCCCUUCUACCAUAUUGGCUGCUCUGCUAUUCAUAAGAAAAUACACAUUUAGAAAACAGGAAGAUGUUUUGCCAGUAUUUAAUUUGUUUCCUUGUCUUGAAUAGCCUGGUGAGCAACGGAGUGCUCCACACGACAACUGCACUAUUUACAGCUGUGUGAACAUACAUAGGCAGCUGGUCUCCUCCACCUCUUCAAUAAGCUGCCCAGCAUUUAACGAGGAAACAUGUCAGCCUGUGAGUAAAUACUGAAUAUACACAUUCCAUCUUGUGAAAACUCCUUUAAUUUGAUUAGCCCACCCUGUGAGCAAGAGCUGUUACAGUUGGAUUUUGUGUUGAAUUCUUGGCUUAUCUGUCAUUUUAAAGUGAUGGCUGUGAAAGAAAGAAAAGAUCCUGCAUGGUUGGUAGUGUCAUAUAAAUGCAGUAAGGUAAAGGUAAAGGGACCCCUGACAGUUAAGUCCAGUCGUGGACGACUCUGGGGUUGCGUGCUCAUCUCGCUCUAUAGGCUGAGGGAGCCGGCGUUUGUCCGCAGACAGCUUCUGGGUCAUGUGGCCAGCAUAACUAAGCUGCUUCUGGCAAACCAGAGCAGCGCAUGGAAACACCAUUUACCUUCCCACCGGAGUGGUACCUAUUUAUCUACUUGCACUUGGACGUACUUUCGAACUGCUAGGUUGGCAGGAGCUGGGAACGAACAACGGGACCGACCUUCCGAUCGGCAAGCCCUAGGCUCAGUGGUUUAGACCACAGAGCCACCUACUCACUGCAUUAAACAUGUUCUACUCCCCGUGAAUUGGAUCCAGACCAAGUUAGCUGCACUUAGCUCUCAUGGAAAUCAAAGUCAUGACUAAUGUAGGUGUAGCUACAUUCUUCGUCUGAAUCUGAUGUGUAAAGAAAAUAUCUGGUGUAUCUUCAGUUAUAUGCAUAAAUUGCUUUCUUAAUAAUUUUUUUUAGUCAACAGUUCCUACUGUUAAGGAUUAAAGGUUAAAAAAAAGUUUAAAGGGAACAAAAAGAAACUAUUCAACACACAUAGACUUCUAAACCAAAGGUCUCACCCCACUGGUUCUUGAACCUUACUUCAUUGUCAGGUUGGGGGCUUUGCGCUGUUCUAGUUGGAUAUGCAAUUCAGUAAUACAUUUUUCUUCCUAGGAUACCAUUGCCUAUUUGCCCAGUGGCUGCUGUAAAACUUGUAAGUAUCAUAAAUUAUAUAUCUAUGCCAUCUCUCUAUGUGAUAAAUAAAUAAGCACAGUGUUUAUCAUACUCUGAGUACAGCCAUGAGUCAUCUCUGAGUAUGGCUUAGUUGAGUAUCACCCAAACAAAAAAUAAAAUGGGCCAGUUUGCUUUGAUUUGCAAACUAUAUUCAAAAGAAGUGGGUUUGCAUAUUUUUACUGUAACUGCACUCUUAAUAUCUUGCUUUGGUUUAGAUGCUCAGCUUUAUAUCUGGGCUCUCCUGAAAUAUGGUACUUUUGUCCUGCAGGUGAUUCCAACCUUAAAACUAGCACAUAGUGAGGGGAUGCGUAGUACAUCCUUCCCUAGCCUCCUCUCCCACAUGGCUAGGAGCCAUUCAGGCUGCACUCCUGCAAGGCUGCACUUUCCUGGGAGUAAACCCCAUUCAAAUCAACGGGGCUUACUUCUGAGUAAAUAUAUAGAGGAUUUUUGUGUCAGUUGUGUUACCAAAAUGCAUUUAGGGCUAAAUAUUGGCUGAACUUUUACAUUUCUUGAAUAGCUACAUACUAUGGCAGGCAAGUAAUUUGGUGCUACUCAUAACUCAGUCCAGAUGAGCAAACAAGCUUGAUGUUCCGGAAAACAUUUGAAUAAAGGUUUUUUAAAACAUUUUAUCCUGCAGGCAAGCCCAAAGAUAACCCAGUACCAGUGCCACCUUGCUCUCUCUCUGAAAUGAAGGACUAUAUCGUUCAUGAUGGUUGCCGUUCAGCAGACAUGGUCCCUGUGGCCCAGUGUGAAGGACAUUGUGGAACUUCCUCAAUGUAUGUAAAGCCAAAUUACAAUAAGAUCCUGCAAUGCAUUUGUACCCAUUUGUUUAAUUAUUCAAAUUUAGUAAUGUAAUCAAAUUUACUAAUGUGAUUUUUUGCAAGUAAUUUCUCCUAACAUAAUGCAUUUCUGUAUGUUUUCAUUAAUAUCUUCACUUUUAUGCACACACAAAAAUCAGAUCAAUUCGUAUUUUGAAGAGUAGCUAUGUUUUGGUUCACAUGUUGUUCUACAAAGUGUGAAUUUGACAGAUUUGGCUUUAAAAUGCACACUGAAUCAAAUUUCUCCUCCAUCUGUAAUUGGUAAAUAUGUAUAGGACUGUAACCCCAAUCUUUUAGCUGCUAUGCUACACCAACAUCAAAACUUAUUUUCUACUGUGAGAGCCAAUUUGAUUUCAAUACUUCAUACCCUCCAACAUUUAUCCAUUGAAAAUAGGGGCAUCCUAGGGAAAAGUGGGACAUUCUGGGAUCAAAUAAGAAUGGCUUCUGAAAAUAGGGACACUUGGAGGGUCUGGUACUUUGGUCUCUUGAUCCUCCGUCUUAAAAAAAUAAAACCCAGAACAACCAACUAGCUAUGGUGGUAUAAUUAGAGACAGCACAUUAUUUAAAGUGCAUCAUCCUCGAUUCAAUAUUAUGUGGAAAUAUUAUGUGGAAAUACAUGUGACAUGCUCAUAUCCAAAGUCAUUUAGCAAAUGAGUUGCGCAAACACGAGUUUCUCCUAAUAUCACCCACCACUAAAAUUGCUCAUAAUUUCAAUCUGUGGCACAGAGUAACUCUUUUUCACCUUCUUGUGCUACAAAAACAGAUACUCUUCUGAAGCCAACUCCAUGGAACACAAGUGCACUUGCUGCAGGGAGUCAAAAGUAUCCGAAAAGGAAGUAACACUGGUGUGCCCUGACGGGAAGAACAAGAAACACAAAUACCUUCAGGUGGACUCUUGCGAGUGCCUCAACACCGACUGCAACAGUUCACACUCAUCAAACGAGUCCCAGAAGAGCACAGAAGAAAAUAGCAGGGAAGACUCCCAGGAAGAUGAACUGAAUGCUGUGGCUCGUGUCAGGAGGGCCAUUAGUUCGGUGAAGAGAAGGAUGGGAAUAUAA